AUUGUGUGCAUGCGUGUGUGUGGAUGGAGCGCGUGUCAGCUCACCCUUCUCUCUCCAGACAGGAGGCGAGGACAUCCCCCCUCUAACACCGUGCCAACAGAAAAAGAGAGAGAGAGAGAGGGAGAGGACGAGGGAGAGAGAGAGAGAGAGACUGAAACCCCAUAAUGCACUGCACGCUGCAGGGCUGAAGUCGUGCAGAUUCAUCAGUUCCUGUUCGGAGGGAUUGUGUGUGAGCCGCACACACACUCAUACGCCGAGACGGAGAACAGGAGAGACAUACAAGACAAGCGGGCAGGUGAGACAGCUUUUCCUCUGACCGUUUGGACGCUUCUGGGUUUUACAACAUGAUCUGUUUAUCUGUCUGUUUGUGCCUCCUGAGAGGACAAGAGGGGAGAGUUGUUCUGUAGAGACGACAGACUGUUAUUAAUAUUUGACAUGUUAUGAUUCCGACAACUUCCCUGCCUGUUGCUGUUGGGAUUUUUUUUUUUGUUUGUUUGUUUGUUUCUUUUUCGUUCUUGGAAAUAUCUGACUCUGGGUUUUUCUUUUUCUUUUUCUAGACAGGAUUUGUCUUGGAGAGAUUUUGAAUAGCUGCAUGUGGAGCAUGUAUCAGUUUAUGUCUGGGUUUGCUUUUGCAGUUUUCUUUCUACAGCCUGCAGAUACUGUCUAACUGUAGCUGAUUUGAAUAAACAGGGGAGGUUUUGCAUGUGCUUAUGUUACUGGAGUGCUGGUUUGUACGGUGGAAGUUUCGACAAAAUGACAACUCUUGUAACAGGUUAACACAAGAUAGUGUAUCUUUUUGUGUGUUCUGUGAAAGGAUAACUAAAGACAAUUCAAGAAAGAGUGAGCGAAAAGGAUUCAAUUUCAGGGGAUUUAGUCUUUAAUAGUUGCUGCAAAAUGUCCAGUUAAUGCUGCAUUAUUUAUGAAACAAGACACAAUAUAACUUCAAUGUGUGUAGUGUGAAACAAGAAGUCCCUGUGAUUCAAUUUAAGUCACACUCCAAUCGAGGCAUUCACUGACAUCAAGUCACCAGAGCCCACGGUAGUUUUUCCAUAGCGCUAUUAAAACUUCAACAUACUAAGCCUGCUUUCGAGGAAUGUAAAUGUUACACCAUGUGACACCAGAACAAGCUGAUAGGCGGUUAGAAAAGUGCCGCCCUCAUUACUGGUUAUUUUGUGGUUUAACGGCCGCCGAAGCUUGUGACCGUAUCUGUUGCGCCAGAGACACAGACAGGCUGGAAAGCGCGAUUGCAGCAGCAGCGGCAGCAGCGUCAGACAGGAACUCUUUAACUUUAUUGCCACAGGACUCAAAUGGGAAAUUUCAGCCUUUCACCCAAAGGACUGCACCAUGAAUCCAUGUUUCAACACAGUCACUUGGAGACACGACUGAAGAGACAGCGAGGAAAUGUUUUGAAUUAAUCAUUUUCUCAUCAUUAUUUCUGCAUUGCUUUAUGAUAAAAUCCUUAUUCCAAAAGGACGUCAUUAAAUCUCGAUCUUGCGUAGCGACCCCUGAAGAAAACAGAAAAAAAUGAGUGGCAUAAUUGAAAAUCUAGCCUUUAAUCCACUAUUACAUCCCAUGUAUCAUACUUUAUCACACAGAAAUAUGAAAAUAGAGAGCUUUACUUGAGUCUUGGUCUGUAUUUUUAAAUGUUGAGAGCUUUUUCAAGCUGAACACAAGACCAGACUAUGCAAAAAAGCUUUUGCAGUGCUGGGAAAUGACACACAAAAUGCAAAAAAGGGGCCACAGACAAAAAAAAAAAGUGUUUUGAAUAUUGAGUGUGUGUCCAUUUGACACUGCUCCUAUCUGCUCCUCCUCUGCAGAAACCCACCUGUCACAGCUCAAAAUGGAGAGGCUCCUCUUCUAUUACGCUUCAUUUCAUUAAGAGCCCCCCUUCACUAUCUGUGUUGAGGCCUGAUAGAAUUAUCCACCAGGCACCUAUGUGACAGUCGCAUCUAUAUCCCUGCCUACGCUUGGUAAUAACUCUGCGUUGGUGUGUUCAGGAAACUCAAAGCUGCCUGAUUAAGGUGUAUACAUGUGUGUGUCUGCGGACUGUAUAGCCCUCUGGGUCUUCUUAAGAGUGUGUGUUUUAGUGGCUCUGAAAUGAAGCCAAGGUGAGCUGUAAGAGGGAAAAAGAAAAGCAGAAGGGAAGUUUCUCUGUCUGUAGUUGUAAGUUUAAGAAUAACCGUGGUCAUACCAUAACAUACCACAGCUAUUUCAGCGGUGAGUUUCAGAGUUUAGGAGGCUUUUGAACAAUGCUCAUUCAUAUAUUCCAACACUGGCGUGUUACAGAGCUCUGUGUUGACAGAUUCUCACAUUUUCCACUGAGGUCACAUCUCAGGGCCCCUGAAUAUGUUGGUCUUGGAAAAGAAGAAAGAUGCAAAAACUCUGUGAGGUCAGAGAGUUUCUGAAAGCUGAGAUAACUACUGCUGUUUGAGGUUAUCUGUCUUAUGAUUUGAUCUUAGAAACUGAACAAUAGAUCACAGGUCUGUUGUAAAUGUUAAAACCUCCCAGACUGACUCUGGGUCACCCCGCUGGAUUUUCCAUUCGCUAAGAUCCUUGAGGUCCUCCAGCAGAUAUUCUUUUGCUCUCGGUCCAGCUCUGGCUUUGCUUAGCAGCGUGGAUCAAAGAUGAUAUAUGGAUCCAAAAUCUUCUUGUCCAGCUUUAACUCCUCCUGCCUUUGUUCUUUUUUUCUCAAUAUUUUUCCUCCUCGUUCCUGUCUUUAAUGAUCUGGAACACAAGGGACACAUGUUCAUGGAUCUGUGGCCAAGUUGUGACGCUCAGAAUGAGCGAGAAUGUGAGGGACACUUGUGUAGAAGGCGGUGCUUUAAAAGUCAUUUCUGUUCUCUCCUCUGUACACAGACAUCAGCAGAGCACUGAGCAGGAACCUUAGUGUGCAUUAAAUUAUCUGCAAUUGCAGCAAUUAUCUGCAAGUCCAAAACCACUCUCCCUGCGCCUUGUCUCUUCAUCACUGCGUCUCUCCCCGUAGACUAAAAGCCUGCUGCUGGAAAGUGUGUGCUCAAGUACUAGACUCAGGUUAAAUUUAAAGUACUGCUUAUUUUAUACUUCUUUGCAACUCUAAUUCCUGGCUUCUCAGGAGGGACAAGAGUUUGCAGAUUAAUAUCUAAAAAUCAGUCAACUAACGCUUCCAUAAAGUACACUGUUUGAUUAGGGAUUAAACCUCAAUUUAAGUAUUAACAAGAGAUUAAAAAACUCAUUUAGAGCUUGAUGCAUUUUUGAAAUCUUACAUGUAUGUUAAAGCCAUUUGACAGGAGAUAUCCUGCCCUGAACUGCAGGAUACUAAGAGGUCUCUGAAUCCAAACAACUGCAAAAGUUGUUGUUUGAUGAUGGCAAAAAAUCAUGUGAGCUGUUGUAGUAGUUAAAAAAGUAUAUGACUCAAUAAAAUGUCCUUUUUGGAAUCCAGAAGGGGGUUUAUCCCGAGAGAAAGCAGAAACUGCCUGUUUGUUUGAUACUAAAUUUAAUCACCUGUAUAACGUUUAAUCACCUGUAAAAAUCGGGGCUAUCACAAUGUUUAAAAUAACAAUUCAGCAAGCAGUCCUGAUAUCGCUUUCGUUUUGAUUUAUUCUGUGUCAUUCUUCAUGUGAGAUAAGCUGGAUCAGAAUUGUUGUUCGCUGUCCCUCCGCUUCAAAUGUCACUGGAUCAUGCUCAACAAGCUAGCUGCAUGAUAUGCAUAUUUCUGUUUUUUUUAGAGAUGGUGUACCACUCCCACUCUGCCGCCAUUUUCCAAAUCAGGGUUUUUCCAACAGGUAACUCUACCCAUCCAAAAAGCCUUUUCUCUGACCCAGCAAUUAGAUUUUGUGCUUUAAAUUCAUGCAACACAACAGAUUAACAUCAGCGACUAACAUCAGUGCAUGGCACAUUAAUCAUGAAUGAGCUUAUGUCUGUCAACACGGCAACUAUCAGGAGAGAUUAAUGCAUCCUUAUUUUAUUUUAUUUUAUAGUAUCAAACCAGCUGAAUUCAGUAAUGAAUAAACUUGACUCAUAUAUCUUUUUAUGUUUCCCUGCUCCCCCUGAAGCUGACGACCAAAUAAAAUGCACCAGGACCUUAAAAGUAAUAGAUCUACUAAAAAACACAACUCAACAAAAAUUUAAUAUGUAGGUCCAGUUGCUCUUGGACAUUUUAAUGCAGGAAUGCAGCGCACUUUUAAAAAGUUAAUGUAUUUAUAAUGUGAAAUCUGUUGCACAAUGUGAAAAACCCUGGACUCCACUCUUCCCCUCAGCUGUAAACAGCAUUUUUGAGCUUGUAACCUCAGAUUUCUUCAUAACUCUGACAUUAAAGUUCAGUCUCAUCGCUUUCCUAUCGCCAACCUCGCCAGCAAAGUGUUUCCGUCACCUACAAAGAAAGAUAUUUCAUCGAGGAGUUGGUAGAGAUCGAAAUAGAAGUCAAAUGAAAUUAAAUAGCAAACUUACAUUUGCCAGGUCAGCAGAAACGGCUCCAAAAUGAAUGACCCCCUUCAGAUGGUAUCAGACUGUUAAAUAGCUUUUAAUCAGUUGUCAUUACUGUGAUUAGAUUGCUUUAGAUGGGUCCAAAUGCACUUCACAGUACCCCAGGAGGUUCUAGUCAUCUGUCAUAAUCAACACUGGCGCAGGAAUAGCCUCUUUACUCUGGCACAACCUGACGAAGCUCCGUCGCCAUGGAAACAAUGGUAAACAUGGGGUUUAUGGCAGGAAAAUAGGUUGAAGAGAUCUAGACAUCAAUACUCCUUAAUAAGAAUAUAGAAAUUGAUUUGUUUUACUCUGUACAUUUUAAUUUUUUUUAAUUCUUGAAUGAUUGGCGUCACACUGAACACAAACACAGUUUUUUUCUGUUUUUCGUCACAUUCACAUCUUCAUUCCCCCGAUCAGCCUACUUUCUCUUAAAAACAAAAUCAUCUGACUUUUACAUGUGGUUUGCUCACACGGACAGCUGGCUUCAGGGGUUGCUGCCUUUAUCACCACGUGGAUUAUUUGAUGAUAUCAGUUCACUGAGCCAAUCGGCAGGUUGAGAAGGGCCCUACUUAGUAAUUUCUUUCCCCCCUGAUGGCAUCUUAUGGGAGAACUUUUAAGAGCUGAAAACUAACUGGCUGAAUGGAAAGUUGUGUUGUAAAGUCUCCUAAAGCUCCCGUGAGGAAUUUCCGGUUCGUUUUAAGUUUGGACAAAACAGUCUUUGCUCAUCUUGUCCUCUACAUGCUUAAAAACUGUCCUCUGAAAAAAAAAAAAUCUUGUCACUCUGACUUUUGCGAGUAACAUUUUGCAUUUUUUGUGAAUGUUUUAUGAGGAAAAAAAUGUAGAAACUGAGCUUAUUCUUCAGCAGCUUGACUGACACCUUCCCCUUAGCACCAGUUUCUGGGAUCAAAAGUUACUAUACUGUUGAUUCAAACCCACAGAAACGUGGAGUUGAAGCUGUAGCCUAGCUUCUGGGCUAACAGCUCAAACCUGUCUACCUGUCAGUCCAAUUGGCCCUGAUUACGCUUAUUUUUGCACUAACUCUUUGACUUGACUUGAUGGAAAAACGUACCCCUUCCUACAUUUGUUCUAAUUAAAUAACGAGUUGUUGUGCAGGGUUUGAGGCUUAAUUAAGGGAGCACAUAAGGAACUUGAAAAUGUAUCUGAAAUUAUGUUUUUUCUGAAGGAAUAUGAGGAGACACAACUUGACAAAAUGAUUUGUGUAAAUAUAAAAAAGACAAACUUUUUAAUCAUGUCUGCUUAGUGGACAUUGAUACUUGGUUGCCUUCCAUUUCCUCCAUCUAAAGGUCUGCAUCACCUUAUAUUCGACCAUCUGUCAUGCUAAAUAGCCUUUUAAUAGAACAGCUGAUCAGUAGGGGUGUAAUCCCUGAUCGCAACAAUCUAAUUCAGAAAAGAUCAUUAAAAUUUGAAAGCUUCAGUCUGGUUUGAUUCCACUGUGUUCAAACAAAAUGAUAAAACCGAGACAAUAUGGAAUAAACAGAAGUCUCUUUCAUGCAGCAUGCUGAGGUUCACCAUUCAGACAGGUAGUUGAGGAAGUUUUGGUCUUACUUGGUUCUCAAUUUGAGAAUCAUUUCCGUCAUACUCUCUGUUUCAAGCUGGCUACUUGGUAUCACACAACACAGAGUCAGUGUACAAACCAUGUAUGUACUGUCACACCAUAUGACACAGUACGGUCUUGUAGUAAAGCUGGCUGUAGAUGUUGUGAUGACCUCAGAUUUCUCUACAUUGUGGUUAAAAAGUGGUUGAUAUUGGGGGGCUGCUUGGUUAUGCUAGUAUCAUAGCACAGCAGUGAUAUUAGUCUUGCACAACUUGUUUGAGGCAUCUGCGACUCUGACACUGGAUGGAUAGACAAUGUGUCCUAGGAAAUAGAUUUCUAUACAAACCCAUUAGUUACUUUACUUUUUAACCAAAUAUUAAACCAAUUUUACAUCACAUAGACGAUUGAUCUUACCAACUCUUCACACAGCAGCUUCACUUAAUUUCACUCAACAAUUCUCCAUGAAGCAGAGGAUCAAAACUCACGAAUUCUGUCCAAAAAUAUCAAAUUAUGUCAUUUUGUGUCUUCAUAGUCACCGCACAACAUGUGCAUAUUUCGAGUCGCUCUAUCCUUUUUCCAACACAGCCUAAUCCUGAGAGACAGCUGCAGGGCCUUUUUUGGACACGAGUCGGUGACUUGCCAAAUAUAAAAUGGAAAUCUAUAUCACUGUUGUCUGUUUUGCGUUGCUUUGACUUUAUGAAUGAGCGGAUAAAUAUUUGCAGAAGCUGAAGCUAAACAUGAACACUUACAGCAGCACAGAUACAUCAUAGAUGCUCCUCAGGGCGGGCUGCUGUUCAAUCAACACAUUCCCCUUACAAACUUACACACACACACACAAACACAAAUCUACACACAAGCCAAUACAGUGAUAAAUUCCAAACACCCUGAUAUAUUGCAGCCACAAGUCAGUGAUGUGGCUCUGAGUCACUUGGUAACACCCACCCGACACAUACACGCCUCUGCAAACACACACACACAAACGCUCACACAGACACACACACACACACACCUGACGUGGUGUUUGAUGGAGUUAGACACCAUGGCAACAGAGCUGUGACUCUUGCUGUCCUGUGAGUGGACUGAAGCUGUGGAGUAGGAGGAGAGAGGAGGAGAAAGCUAGCAGCUAGCAGUGCUACGCAAGUGCUGCUAUUAUUAUUCCCAAUCCCUCCAUCCUUCCUUCCUUCCUUCCUUCCUUCCUUUGCUUUUCCUUUCUCUCUUCCAACAACUGCUAUCCACAUGCUGCAUUUCUCUUUUUUUACUCCUGUGCAGUAUAAAAGCUGUCAGAUGGGGGAGAAAAAAAAAGAAGCUCAAAGAGAGGGAGUAGGGGAGGAAGGGGAGAGGUCAGCAGGCAUGUAUUUUUAAAGCAUCGAUUGUGCAAAACCUGACACAUCAUCAGAGGGAAUCGCGCUCGCUCUCGCAGCAGCAACCCCGAGCUCUUGUUGACAUACUAUUUCCAUCUCUCUCUUUCAAUCACGACAACAAAACGCUUUAACUCCUCUUUCUUCACCUUUUUAACCUUCUUUUUAUUACUUUUUUUUGUCUUGCAGUGUGUCUUCUCCCUUUCUUUCUUUUCCUGUCAGUCAUGUUUUAUAAAGGUAGCAGCACAGAUAAGGAGAGCAGAGGAAGGAGAAAGAGGAGGAGGAGGAGGAGGAGGCGAGAAACAGGGGGGUGCAGGUGGACAGGUCUCACAAACAGCAUCUGUAUGAGAUUUACUGCCUGCAGAUACAGAUGGUGAAGGAGGAAAAGAGAGGAGGAGGAGAGAGAGGGAGGUGUUGGAACAGUGCAGGUGAAGCGCGUUUUGCUCUCUGCUUGCAUUUUCAUGGUCUGAUUGUCAGCAUUUGUUAACAUACACACUCGCAUGCAGACGCACACACACACACACGACUCACGCAGUGUGAAAUUGUGGGAACGUGGCUGUUGACAGUGGAAGUUUGUCUGAGUUGAGUCCCCCCCACCACUUCCCUCCUCCCCUCCUCUCUCACCCUCCCUUCACUCCUUUGCAUAAGAUCCAAGCGCGAGCUGUGAAAGGUGAACUCGCAGCCUGCUGUGGAUAAAUUAUGUGUGACAUGUUUAGCUGUGCUGCCUUAUAUGGAGACGGGUGUAUCUGAAUACAGUAGUGGCUCUGCCAAGUGGGAAGGAGGCGAGAGAGAAGGAGUGACGGAGUGGAGGACAGGGAGAGAAGAAGGAGGAAGAGGAGGAGGAGGAGGAGGAGGAAGGAAAAGAGGCAGGGGAGGGAGAGGGCGAAGGAAAAAGAAGGGAGGGAGGGAGGGAGAGAGGGGGCAGUGACAGAGGGAGUGAAAGAGAGGAGUGCCGCGAAGCAAGCAUGAGGUUUUCACUUACCAUUCUCCGCUCAGCAGCAGUCAGAUGAGUCCUUGCAGAGAUACAGUAAGUCUUUGCUGUUUACUCUGUGUGUGUGUGUGUGUGUGUGAGUGUGUGUGUCUCUCUCUCUAUGUGUGUGUGUUGAUUUCAGUUUGUUUAUACUAAGUUCUGUCAGUGUCAAUCUUUAAUUUCACUCCACGAUUUUCCUCUUUUUUUUUUUUUUUGACAUGAUGUGUUGACGUGUGUUUGAGUGAGUUAAACGCCUGUUAGUGAGUUCGUGUGCGCACAUAUGCAGAUGAUCACUGUUCCUCACUGCUAAUGUGCGGCAGUACGAGGCGGGACGCUUUUUAAUGUGGAAAAGAGCUGAGCUGACAAAAGAAUGGGGUGCGUUAGUGUUUAAUGUUCCGCAGAGUAGUUAGCACACACACCCACUCACGCUCACACACACACACACUGACACACAUUCCCUCCACUGGCAGACUACACUCUGUCUCCCUCGGACUACACUGAAAUCUCUGUUGUGUGACUCUGACGACUAACACCAAAGCUAAAUAUGCACUCACGUUUAUAAAUGAAUGAAUGAAAACACACAAGGCGACUCACUCAGAAGCACACACACACACUCAUACACUCAAACACACACCAACACGCACACACACACAAGCAGCCUCACACUCCUUCUGUAUAAUGACUGGGCUACUGGUGUUUACACUACAGCUGCCCUCAGGAAAUGAUUAAACCCCCGCGUUGCUCAGGCUGUCUGCACCAGUGCGAUGCACAGACACAUUACCAUGCAAACAUGUGCAUGCAUGAAAUCAACAAAAGUCCUAACUGAAAUUUGCAUAUGGUAGAAAGGGAAAAAAAAGACAUAAUAUGGAUUUAUUGACUGAAUUAUUUGAAAGUUAGAGCACCCGUCAAGAGAGCAUAGACGGCAGAGGCUGUUUACAUAUGCAGACAGCGCUUACAAAGUCAUUUUACGAGACAGCGAGUUUUAAAACAGCUUGAACACUAAAUUAAAGUUAUAUCACUCUGAAUAGACAUGUUCGUAGAUUGCAAGAUACAGUUUUCAACAAGUACAGAUGCAUGUUUGAGGUGUUUAUGGCUGACAGCUGUUUUGCAAAAUCUCUGCGUUUCAGUCAGUUCGACACACUUGUGAUAUUCAGUCACACUUUUCCACUCAUCUCUCCAACUUGAAUAACAUUUACCACUUUUUUAUCCACCUUGGUCACCUGCUCCACGAACAACUGCAGUCAAAGGACAUGAUGCCAAUUUUCCACCCCUGCGUGCUUGAAGUAACAGCGCGCGGUGUCACUUUCUCUUAAGACAUGUUGGAGUGAAAACCAAACUGUCAGAAGUGCCUGCCUCUUUUUCCCAUUCAUCAUUUGGCAGCGUCUUUCGCUGAUUUCUCGCAAAAGCCAAGGGCAAACACUCGAAGUUAAUCGGUUCAUAAAGGGGUCUUUCUCUGCAGAUACGCACUUGACAAUAAAAGCUUUGCAGUGAUUACUCUAAAGAUUAUGAAAAAGCUGCUUUUAAUAUCUUAUUUACUCUUUUGAUACUACCUCGAUUCAGCUUGAACUUUUAGAUGAUUAUUUGCCAGAGUGGUGCAGUUAUACAAAAGACGUCUGUGUAUUUUUUCUCUUACUUUGAGUGUACGCCCUAAUCUCACCCAAUAAUCUUCCUAUAGCUCUGCCUCACUUUCUCAGUUUCACUUCCUCACCCCUCAUGUUCGUCUCUCUCUCUUUUUCUCUCUGCUUCUGCGUGUCUCGCUCGGUGUGUAUCUGCUUUUUUUCCACGGCUCUCACUUUGUGUUUGUCUUUCGUUGCCUGACUCUGUGAGUUGAAAAAGCUUCUCUGCAGAUCAGAGCAGGCAGAUCUACAAGGUCAUUAGAGUAAAGAACAGGCAGAGCGCAUACUGAAUUUUCACAGCACACACCACUCUGACUAAACAACUCCAUGUGAAAAAAUACGACUUCAGAGGGAGAGAGGGAAUGGUUUCCUGCGUUUGACUAUAUUGAUAAAAAACAAUGAGGGGUGAGGUUUUUCUGGAAAUUUGUCCUCUUUUUUCGUGCCUCCCCACCUCCUGUUCUCGUCCCUCUGCUAAUCUGUCCUCUAGAAGUGAUGUCAUCUCCCUGCUGUCUUCAGCAGACACAGGGCAGUCUGUGGAAUGCAGAUGAGCCGUGUGUUUGUGAGUGUGUGAGCAUGAAAGCAGAAUUAGCGUGUAUGUGCAUAAUGACAUGGAGCGCCCUGACACCCUGAUUUACAUUAUUCAAUUAUGAAAGAGAGAGAGACAACAGGGCAGCGCUCUGAUCAAGGUGAAAGGAGUAAAAACGUGAGCGGAGGAGCAGAAAUCUGACAUCAAACUGGCGGACAGAGAGUCACUCCGAGCGAAUGGUCAGGGGAGUCCUUCGAGGCCAUUUGGCGAGUGGCGAAAUCACAGUGAGUCAGUCAAUGGUGUAUGAUUGCUGUUUUCCCUGCAGUCUGCAAAUCUGUCACUGAACUAAUGCACACUAGUGGGAGAUGUAAUCUAUAGUAAAUACAGUUGGCUCCACCGAGGAGCCCUCUGUGAUUUCCACAGAUUAAGGUGUCAGGCUGAAUCACUGGUCAUAGACAGCUGAAGAGUACAGAUUAUCCCGUUUGGCCGAAAGCUGCUCUGAUGACAAGUUAGAGUUUCCUCUUCAUUUGUGUUGAUGGAGACAGUUUAUUUCAGGGAGACCCUCCGCACCUUUUGGAUUAAACUUGUUUUUUUUGUGUUUGUGGCAUAACUCUGGUUUCAUGUUGAUGGUUUCCACUUUCAUUUUCCUCUGAGUUGAUAAGGUUGAAUAAGCUUUUUUAUUUUCUGACAUCCUUCGUGUGUUUGCGUCAAAUUUGACACCUAACAACUAAACAGGAAGAUUUAUCUCUGCUGGUCUAGUCUAUUUCAUUUAAGUAGCAUUCUCUGAUGGAAAAAAAGUCUCAGGGAAAUCCAGGGCUUUAAAAAUGAGUCCCAAAAACUGCAGUUCCUCAAGUGUCCACAUGAGGCUGUUUCCCAGAGUGAGUCAAUCCCCAUAGAGCCCCAUGUUACAAUGUCCAACUUCACUGUUAAAACAAAUGCAUUGGCUGCUUAGUACAAAAACUAAAAAAGGCUGUUUGGGUUUUUUUAUAACUAUAGAAUAAUAAAUAUUUUCAGUAAUAAGGGGUGUGGCCUCUUUGAGUGACAAGCGAUGCCUGCUAGCUAUCUGUGAACUUAAAGCUCAUGUGAGGAGCUUUUAACAGACUUUAAAUCCCUCAGACUGAAAUCACAAGUGUAUGCCUCUGAAUUUGCCACGAAAACAAACAAGACCAUGAAUAAAAAGAUUGAUUAUCUCUAAAAUGUCGGUUUGCCUGUCGCCCCUGAAGCAGGUUAGCUGAUGGAUGGGUUAUGGAUUCAGUUUAGUGCUGAAAACAAACUUGUUGUAGAAACUUGCUAAACAAAAAUACAUCAUGUUGAUACAUUUGAGUUUUUCCAGAAGGCUAGAAUAGAUUUUUAGACUGUGGUGGUUCUGAUACAUGCGAUGUCUAUUUUAUUUUAAAUGUCAAAUUUGCUAUUUAUUAAUUUUACACACCACGAUUUAUUGAUGCUAACCCCACUGUACGGUGACAGCCAUCCCAUAUACCUUCUUAGAAACAAUCAGUCUUCUCUGUGAUGGUCUUGCUUACUUUUUUAGUCCUUAUGGAUGUGUAAGUAUCGAUAUUAGUCUAUUCCAUCACCAUCAAAAAACUCCUCACUGGAGCUUUAAGAGUGUACAACUUGUUGGGGUUUUCUUUCAUAUAUUCAAAGUUAAAUCCAUGAAUAAAGAUCAUUAAAUCAGCCAUAAAAGGCAGACAAAGAGUUCAGUUUUUCCCCUUUUUGGCCAAAAUGAUGCAGUCAGAGAUUCCUCUCUCCAUGAUAGUUUAUUUUAAGGAAGAGCAUCCACUCCUUUGGUAUUUCCUGAUUCGAUCACAAAUACCAGACUGGGGAAUGUUAGGAAUCCGCAGAAGGCGAAAUCAUUAGCAUUAAUCAUCCUCAUCUAUUGAGCUUCAUAAUCUUUACAACAAUUCUCCAAUUAAGCUUUUUCAGCCUCUAAUCAGUGAUCAUCUCGCUGUUACUGAACCGUCUCCUGUCAAGGAUUUUCCACUGUCAUAAAUUAUUCUUAUCUGGUUGUACUUAUUGUCUGUCUGAAUCCUUUCUCUCUCGCUCUCUUUCUCUCUCUCUUCGCUCUUGUCCUUCCUGAGCCACGCCACCUGUACCUCCCAACUGUCGAUUUCUCCUCUAUCUGCAUACAUUUUGUGUUUUUUUUUUUUUAUCAUUCUCUUAUUCACCUGUCUGCCAGCAUGUCUCCCUUUAUGUCCAAGGAAAAGAGACAUGGAGGAAAAUAAAAGAAAACACUGUUUGAGUAUGUGUCAGACUUUUUUUCAUGUCUGAAAAAAAACUGUGCUUGAAAUGCCACAUGCGGAGGUGGUAAAUUUACACAAGGGAGCUUUUUCAAAGUGGGCAGACUACUUUUUUUUUUUUUUUCACCGGCAUCUGUCUGCCUCCUGCUUCCUUUUCAACUAUUACAUAUAUCUCUUGGAUAUCUCCUUUCUAUCACUCACUGUCUGUUCUUUUCCGUGUCUGUGUGACUUCUCUCAUUUUCGCCGUUUUCUAAUCUUUCUCGAUCUGCCCUCCCACCCACGCUCUCACACACAUACACACACAUAUAUAUACUCACUUCCUCCUCCAUUGCUAUUCCUGAGAGGAGCAGACUGGUCUGGCGGUGGGCUGGUUUAUGUCCAUGAACCCGAUGACACCCUUGCUUCCACUGCAUUACACCAAGCUGGUACUGCCACAGCCAGGUAGCAACACUGCAGUGGAGAUAAGAAGAAAAGCCAAUUGUAUAUGAACAGAUAACAUGCAUUUCAGUGUAUUCCUGUUCAUGUGGGUGUCUUCUAUGAGCUGCUGUGUCUGUGUGCAUGUCAGGCUGUUUAAACACCAGCGCUGAUACCACAGUGCAGACGACAGCUUGCACACGUGCCACUUGACUGCCCCACGUCGUCUCUCCUUCCUCUGUUUGUCUUACAGCUGAAGGAGGGAGCCAUAGAUUGUGUGUGUGCGUGUGUGUGUGUGUGUGUGUGUGUGUUUCAGAGAGAAAGUGUGCAUAAGAGAGGUAGUUGAUGUUGUGCACAUGCAUACAUAUUACUCAUGUUGCUCCGUGCUGAAUAUAAAUGCACUCGCUGACCUUCCAUUCAUCUCCGUACUCGUGUAUCCUGCGUAGAUGGUGCAGAUCUGCUGUCUCAUGGUUUGUGGUCAAUAUUAAUGUGUGUGUGUGUUUGUGUUUGUGUGUGUUAAAGUCUAAGAUUACCCUGAUGGUUCAAUCUGUGGAAACAUCAUCAUAAUGGAGUUUAUGGUUUCAGAAUGACCGGCACUCAGCUGAAGACCGUCGGAUCAAAUCUCAAGCUUGCAAGGGUGGGACUGUGUUGCCCAGGGGUCAUGAGUAAGCAUUAUGAUUACUGGUACCCCCCUCAGCAAGGUAUUUCAGCUCACUAACGUCAGUAAGAUGACCAUCACUUGCCGUCUCCUAAGCUAUACAAGCAGGGGGGAAAAUAUUAUUGUUGCUGCUAAAUACAGUAGCUUUGAGCAGAGCAAACACUGUACAUUUGGUUACAGUAAAAGUGGAAACUUCUCCGGCGUUCAUUCAUCACUGUCACAUGAACUAAUGUUUUCUUAAUGAGCCAUGUCUCCACCAGUAAUGAGGAUUUUAUUUCGAUCUUAAAUUUUACUCACUUUUAGAGGGAAAACAGAUAUUAGCCUACAGUGUUGACAGCCAGCUAAAGUCCCCGAGGUAACAUUAGAACCAUGCCUCCAUGCGUCUCAUAUACUCCCAAAGGUAAGUGUGAAUACAAGAAUUAGUAAAAGACGUUAAAAAAAUGAGAUAUUCUCCCACAGUAGAGCCUUUCGGUGUGUUAUUUUGGGCGGGGAUUAGCUGGAGGCCAAAUAAUCCUUUAGACAUUUUUAUGCUAGAAGUAAUUAGCCGGUGUGUUUGGCUUGUUUUGGAAAUAAUACUGUUUUUUCUGUGUCUGAUAUUACUUGGAUAAGUUGAGCUGAUGGGAAUAGUUAAAAUAAGCGGUGGGCAUACCAUAUUCUGACUUCCCAAAAAGAGGACAAGACUACAUGGGGGCGGAGUCACGGAGCUGCACAAAGUUAAUUUCGAGAGUCUUUUGGGUCGGAUAGAAGGUCUUUUACACGCUUCUAACUCAGUAAGUCCACGUGACACAAAAUCAAAACUUACGUACUCAACCGCGGACAUUUGAAGGUUUUUAUAGACCUCCCUGGACAAAGCCGGACAACUCGGACAGUCCCCAGAAAAGAGGACAUGUCCGGGUAAAAGAGGACAUAUGGUCACCCUAGGCUAAUUACUAUGGCAACCAUAGAAAGGAAGGGGAUAAGUAAACAGCGUUUUUUUGUUUGUCUAAAGAAGCUAACGUCUUGCACUAAAAGGCGUGUUUGCCUCCAGUUUUGCGUUGUUGUGCCUCUAGCUAAUACCUUGACAUCAGCCUUUAAAGAGUCCAAACCUUUCAGCCUCUUGUAAUUAUUUCACGGUCCAUUGUCAAUCAACUUCUAAUGUUUUGUAAAAGGUGUCGCGUGAUCAUGAACUAAAAUUGAACACUGAAAGUAUUAAAGGUGGAUUACAUGACAGCCUCACAAAAGUGAAGCUGAACAUCAGGCCUCUAUAGGACUAUGUGGGCUUAUGCCAUUGGUCUUUGGUAGAGGUGCUAAUACAAGAGUCGACUCUACCUGCCUGAAAGAUCUUCGACAUUUUGCUAGUAAGUUAAAGUUGCACUUACAUUAAUGAAAAGUGCGGCAUGCAAACAUUUACUACCCCAAAAGCCACUACCUACUGUUUGCGCUACCUCAAAGUCACCAGCGUACACAGCCAGAAACCAGUCAUGGAGUAUAGUAGAAGUAGUAUAGUAUAGUAUAGAGGCUCAUCAUAAAGCGAUUUCCUGAUCAAAUCGGUGAAAUCCGACCCUUUGCUGCUAGUAAUCCCCUCUUGCUGCACCCUAACUUCUUUGCCAUCUCUUUAGCUUUCACUUCCCAACAAGGGUGAACUGAUCCAGAAAGUAGAAAAAAAAACUUGAUAAUGUCAGAUCCGGACCACUUAAAGGGCGCUGAAACUGCCCUCAGUAAAUGUACACUCCUUUAACACACUGUUUUAUCAAGCACACAGUAGUUGUCCACAGAACAAUAAAAACAACAAAAAGAGAAAAUGAAAUUUGAUCUUCUACUCAACCCCUCGGGGCCUCUGCUUACCUUCUGACCUGUCAAGUGAUCAGCCAGCUGAUGGUCAGCACUCGGCAGUUUCCUGUUGUUCACUGUUUCUCAAAAACAAACUAAAAAAAAGUGCACCAGGGAAGCAAUCAGCGCAGAAAGCUGACACUGUGUUUUCGUACAGCCAAAACAUACUGUCAUCCGCUGCAACUGUCUCCAGAUUUCUGCCAGAUCAUUUCUGGCCUGGUGUGACAUUUCUGAGCUUGGCUCUGGCUUUUUCAGUUUAUUUUGGUCUUCUCUAUAUUAAUCCUGCUUUGACUUUCACCCUCAGUCUAAAAACACUAAAGCUAAUAGACUGAAAUUGAUGUGACACUGUCAUUUGUGUAGGACUUUAUAAUUUUCAGCAUGCUGGCCUGAUCCUAUUUCGUAUUAUUCAAAUGAUUUUUCACCCUUCAUGUCUAAUUUUCAAGGAGAUUUCAGAUUUAGUCCAUGACAUUUAUACAGUUUAAGAAGGGGUUAUGUUUGCUCAAUUUCCUAGCAGAGCCUUGACAAAAAUAGGAAAUGCUGCUUGCAGUGCAACAGGUCAGAGAGCUGGUGUAGCUACUUGUAGAGACUGCCCUGAACAGUAUGUGUGUCAUAACCAAGGUCAUGUGAUGUUGGUUCUUCUGGUUCUGCUUAAAUCUGCUGCUCCGAUGAGUUUCCAGCUGCUUUUUUAAAAGCGUGAAAUUAAUACUGAUGCUUUUUUAUAACGUGCAAAAGUGAACAAGACUGUAAAUAGGAAAAAUAUGUAUUUUAUAUUAGUCAAUUUAAACAAAUAAGGGUGAAAGUUUUUUCAGGAAAUAUUAAUAAAUAAAGGAUAGGAUCACCAAAAAACUGACUCAACUGGCAGAGGGCACCAGAAUUAUCACAUUCCUUAUGUUUCUGGUUCAAAGGUUUAUUCUUAUGUAGUCUAAGUUUUACCAAAAUACAGCUGUUAUAUCAAACUUGCUCUGGGCUGAUGUGUCACAACUGAUUUGUUGUUUCUUGGAAAAAAAAUGGUCAAGGAGAAUAUCUGGUAACCAGAAACACAUAAAUGUAUAGCUCUGUUUAAAGAUCUUCUCUUUGCUGAUAUCAUCCUAAAGCACAGACUUCAACUGGAAGAUACAAAAUCCAUAAAACUGCUUGAGAAAAGGUCGGACAAUAAUGGAGCAACACAUUACUUUAUAAACUUUACUAAUGAACACAGCUAUCUCAUCUAUUUCUAAUAAUAUUCAACUUAAUUGUUCACCAUCAUCCCUGUGACCAAAUAGUAAACGAUUGUUAGUCAUGCUUUUAUUUUGAAAAAUUUUCCAUCUUGCUUGUCAGUUGCGAUAUCCUGCAUUAUCAAACAAAACUUAUCAAAAAUACACAAAUUAAGUUGACUAGUAACCCAAAGAUGGACAAGCUCUAACUUGAACAUCAGUUUUUAAAGAGUCGAAUCAGCUCUCAAGAGGUUUGCUUCAGCUAGCUCCCAACAGCCUGCUAGUGCAAAGUGUGUAAAAGGCCCUCUGCUGUGAGUCAUGGUAUUGCAAUUAUCAUUGGAUCCUGUUUAUUUGUUAGCCGUAAUUGAAGUCAAAGAUAACUGAAUCGUUGCAUUAUUAUUGUCCACAGAGUUUCUCAAGUGGUUCUUUUAGCAUAUUCAACAUUUUACAGCGCUGAAUUUGGCACCUCUUUAAGGAAAGUGCAGAACUGGAAAGUGUAUGCAGAUGAACAUGUGUCAGACCCUGCUCAAAACGUAAGAAGUAGUAAUUAAUAGAGGUCAUAGAGUUUUCAAAAGUCUGGACAAAAACAGUAAGAAGUACAUUACUUCAAGUUCUUUCUUCCACUUUUUAGAAAACUGAAUCUGAGAUCAAGUCUGCGUCAUUGGUCUAAGUGGAGUCAGGAAUCUUGAAAAUCAGGACUUAAGUCGGAUCUGAGUCUAAAGAUUUUCAGAUUUUCAUGCAACAGUUGUCUUUAACAAAAAGUUUUAAAUUUGUUUAACGUAAAAGUAGUUUGCCACUUGUCACAAAGUCUGCAGAAAUUGUUGAUAUUCGUUAGGAGGCCGAGCUCAGGAAGGGUAGGCGUGCUCAACCAAAAAUAACUCCUGAAGGUUUUGUCUUUUCAAAACUGGAGCAAUCCCACUAAACGUCCUGCCCUCAAUAUUUGAUAGUCUGAAUAUGAAAAUGGGGUCUUUUCCAUAGUUUAAUGCCAUAUUGCUUUGACACCAUUCGCCACUUUGUCCUUGCUUAAAACAUGGUUGCUCUGUUUCUGUAGCGAAGAUGACCUUGAAGCAUGUUACCAUGGCGCCGCAGCAUGAGGUGUUGUUGGAAAAGCUUGAGAGAUAGAGGAAGCUGAGACAGUGGGCGAAUAAAAAAAAAAAAGAGGACAGCUACUAUAAAAAGCCAUGUUGACAAAGUUGUGUGUGUGUGUGUGUCACAUGACACUGAAGGCACAUCCCAGCAGACAGCGAGCAGAUUUCUGAGAAAAGUAAAGAUUUGGGAUUUUGAAAACACUGAAGCAUCCGCAUAGAGAGGAAUAGAAAUGGUGAACAGGUGGUGAUCAGAGGAAGAUAAAUGAAGAGGGAUGAGAAAUGUCAGGUUGGAAUCACAGAGGAGCUUUGAUAUGGAACAACAACCCUCUUUUCCCCCUCUAAUUCCCCCUUUUUUUAGCUGCUAGUGCUCACCUUAUUUCCCCUCAAGACACCAACCUCUGUCUUUCAUCAACUUGGGCUAAUUACUCCACUCUGCCUCCCAUCACUUCUCCACUUGCCUCCACCCUUCCUCUGUCAACACUUCUGGUCUCCUUUGCUUUAUUCGUCCCUCACCGUCUCCCCCCUUGCCUUCCUCGUGAUGCUCCUAUCAGUAUAAAGGGCAGCUCAGGUCGUAUACAGAUGAUAUCCCAGUCAGCUGGUGAUGCAGUGUAAUACGAGGCGUCCAGCAUCUGCUUUUUGCUGCUGCACUCAGCACCCUUUAACCUCUCACAUUACUGAAUUUCCCCUCCCUCCAUAUUUCCUUCCCUUUUUCCUACAAGGUGCCAAAGUUACACAAUAAUCAAACUAAUUUCCAAUCAUUCAGAACUAAAAGCAUAAAAAAAUCUGACUCUGAGCUCUGUAAAGAUUACGAAAUGUCUGGAUUUACCCACUUAUAAAAACAGCAGCCCCCUCCCUCAUAAGCGCCCUCGAACAGAUUAGUGUUUGCACUGCAGCUCUCUUGGGAAGCUUAUUUUAAAGCAAAUUGUUUUCUCCUGCUCUCCAGUAAGUUUUGACCAUUUUGGUUUCCCGGCCUAUUGUGCUCCAAAGGUCAGCGACAGGAAAUCAAACAUAGAGAAACCUGCUUUUUGGCUUUCCUCCCUUCACUUCCCUCAUUUAUUUUUCUUCAGCCGGAGUCGUUCAAGGUGAAAAAAUGGCUCCAAUCUCUGGCCGCUGUUCACUCAAUCUUUCCUCAUUCCUCUCUUUCUUUCUUUUUUUUUUUGGCUCUGUAUUUCUCUCAGAUGUAUGUGUGGCUGGUGUUAACUGCGUGAGAGGCCGUGUCAUAACACAAAAACUCCAUGUGGUUUCCACUUAGCACCAAACAUCAGGAUGCACGGCUCAGUGUUAAUUUAAUUACAGAGACUGUGACAUGACAAUAUUGAGAAAAGCUCAAUAAUAGAUACAGAUGGUUGGUCAAGCUUAUCACUGUCUCAGUGCAGAGUCCUGUAAACUACCUUUGCUCUACUUUAACAUGAUUUAAUAGACAAAUGACUUAUGCUCAAAUCAUUAUGGGAUAGAUUGAACACAGAUGUAAUGGCUGUAGUGUAAGCCAGAACCAAUUUACAUAGCCAGAUUGAUUUUCUGAGUGUCUGAUAAGAGAUCAAAUGUGAACCUUUUCAAGUAAAUUUCAGGACAUAUACUGUUGUCAUUGUCGGUCAUUCUCUCAUAACUUAAUAAACCAGGUCUGGGUAAGGUGAGUGGGAGGAGAAGGAGAAAGAGGAGUCUUAUGUAAUGCUGACUGUUUUCAUGUUGAUAUGACAUGUUUCUGUAGUAGAAACACUUUUUUGUAGAAGCUGAGCUGAGCAGUAAAGAGUGUGAGGCAGCAAAACUCUGUCCAGCUUCAGCGGUGUGAUUCUCAUACUCGGUCUACACUUGUAUCUGCUGGACUCCUACAUUGUCAUCUUGACUCCUCUUGAAACUUAUAGGCAGAAAUGAGUUAGUGUUAUGUUGACAUGAGCAGGUUGACAAUGUCUGGAAAUUUGAUUUGUAAGGCAUCUCUACCAUAUCAAACCUGGAAGUACAAUCCAGUAGUGCUAGAGUCAGUUAAGUUUAAUGCGCUGGUCAUUUGCACACCUAAUCAUGAAAAAAGUUUGGCCCAGAUUGAAAAUACAGAAAUUCACCUUUAUUACUUCUUAAAAUCUUUUAAGCCUCACAGUGUUUAGAAACUUUUAUUUAUAGAGGUAAAUCUUCUGUUUCUGAUUUGAGUCUAAUUAAAAGCUCCUGUGAGGAACUUUUGGAUUGUGUAAGUUCUGGCGCCCCCUGUGGACAAAGCAGUUUUUGUUUUAAUUGCACUGUACAGGCUAAAGUCCUAUCUUAUCUAUCUCAAAUGCAUCAUUAAUUGCAAAUAUUAUAUAUCAGAAAUGUAAUAAGGUAGUUUCUUUCACUGCUUGGUUGAUUAGGGUGACCAUACGUCCUCUUCUACCCCUACAUGUCCUCUUUUUGGGGGGUUGUCUGGCCUUGUCUGAGGGAGUUUAUAAAAUCCUUCAUAUGUCCGGGGUUUUGUACGGAAGCUUUCAGUUUGUGUUGUGUGUACUUACUUAGUUAGAAGUGCGUAAAAAUACUGGACCCAGCCCAAAAAACUCUUAAAAUUUACAAUGCGUGACUCCGAGACUCCACCCCUGCGUAGUCGUGUCCUCUUUUUGGGGAUUCAGAAUGGUCACCUUAUGGUAAACACCCACCCUCUCGUGCAGUAAAACAGCCAGUCUUGCCACUGAUGGUCUUGUUUGCUUUUGUGUACCAUAAAAAGCAUCAAUAAGACUUUGAAUGUCAAAAAACUCCUCUGUUGACAAUCCCAUAUAUGUGGCCAAGUAUAAAAACACAUAAACAUGUGUAUCUGGUCCUGAAAGCUGUUAAAAAAUGAAAGUUACUAGACAUGAACAUUAGAGGAACCUGUGAAGCUGCCAGACCGCAACCAUCUCUGAGAUGCUGUUUUUGACAAUUUAAACUAGAAGCAGCAGUGAUUUUAGCAACAGCAAGAGAAGUUUUGACAUCUACAUCAUAUGUUUAAAGUCGUGUCAACUACAAAGCUCUUUGAGAAAAGACAGUAAUGUCAACAUAAACUUUUCUUCUUCCUAUACAUUGUCCCUUUCUUCUAAUCAGAUCCAAACAGUGGGUUGUUCUGCACUAGCGGAGGCUAAAUAGGUGUGUCAUUCUUUGAGUGCUUUUAUAGCCACGAAAUACCAGAGUUUGGCCAGAGGAGAAUGGAGCUGCUCCGUUUUAACAGAGGGAUUAGCACAGGCUCAGACAGCUCUCUUUAAAUGAGGAGAUACAUGAACCCAGGUGACACUCUCGCCAUUACACUCUGCUCUCAAGAGCAACACAUGUCAGCAGCUGAAGUUAGUCCAGAGCGAGAUAAAAUGUUAAGCCGAGAUUUCUUUCACGUGCGUUUGAGUGUGUGUGUGUGUGUUUUGAGGAAGCCGGGGUAUUAUGGGUUUUGGGGAGUGCGUAAUAUCCCCGGCCUUAUACCUCCCUCUCCCCUUCAAUUUAUUACCUCGCCUAGUUGAUCUGAUGGUGUAAUAAUAUCUCUUGCCUCUGGCUACGGGAAAUGGCCACAUGCAUUAUUCACACAUGCUAAGAUGCUUAUUGAUGACUCCUUUAUUUAUAUAUUUCCCCAACGCCAGAGUCAUUUCUCAUAAUUUUAACCCCCUACUUCUUCAUUCUCUAUUUUGAUGCGAGACUUGUCUAAUGAGCCUCACACUCCCUCCUUUUUCUUGGAUGUAUCGUGAGAAUUCGGUUCAAGCGCAGGAUGCAUUAAUGUAGAUCCUCGCCUGAUUCAGCUUCAUUUGAUGUUAAUGCUGCUUUUGUCAUAGUUGUUUACACUAAAGAAACAUGCAAGUCAAAGAAAGCAUAACUCCUUUGAGAAAACGAGCGUGACAUUGCCUCAGGACUCUUGCGUAUGUUUGUCUAAUCCAAUACGUGUACAUACUCUGACUAUUUGCUUCCUCUUUAUUCAUGCAUUUAUUGUAAAUGGGGCAUAUUCUGUUUUAUGUUAGAGCAUACCAGAGUUCAGAGCUGCUGCUUAUCAGAGGGUUUUUCCCUCUGAACUCACAUUUCCUCUCAGCUUAGACCCCUAGUCUUCGAAAUAGCAAGAGACAUCUAUGAUGAGCUAUACCAGGAAAAAAUAUCAGCUUUUAGCACAAUUGUAGUUUUUUAACCACAGUGAAGCACUUAUGCUUUAUCAUGAAACAUAGCGAAAGUUGUGUUUUCUAUAUUCCUACAAUAUAGAAGAAAAACUUGAGAAGAAGAAGAAGAACUUUAUUGAUCCCCGAAGGGAAAUUCAAUAUAGGCAGCAGGAGCAAAACUACACAAGGCUGCAGUAUUUUAGCGGCUCUAUAAAGUGUCUGUGACACAAUGACUGAACCUGAUGUCAGGUUUAGGGGUUAUUUGAAUGCAAUAGUCACUUUUCUUUUCAUUUUCUACCUGUUGAAGUCUCCUGUUAGGAGUGUUUCACAGUUAUAAAACAGACUUAAAUGAACUUUGUAGCCUGCUAAAGCUAUCAAGACCAAUAGAAAAAAGAAUAAUUACUUCUGUAUCGUACUCUAAGAUGGCUCUGGGGGUCCACCGGGGGUGCCAAAAUCAACACAAAUAAAAAGUUCCUCACAGAAGCUUUAAGUAGACUUCUGCCAUUUGAAAUGUGCAUUACAUGUGUUUUCAUGGACCAGUUUGGAGCCAAUAAACCUGAAUCAUUUCAGAGUGGCUUUGACUGAAGCUGAUGAUCUUGAACUUCACAUAUGGCUGAAAUCCCGUAGUCUGGAUAUACUGAUUAGAACAAGUCAGGAGCGGUAACCAGACUUGUGAAUGGAGGAAAAAACCUCCUGGGGUUUUCCUCCAUUCACAGGAGAGAAAUACAACAAGACGUUCCCAGAAAUUGGAUUAAAUUUGUCAAAUCUAAACUUUUCUGUCAUAUCAGCGAGUGUUCUCCCAGUUUCAUGGCCUCUGGGGACUGAGAAACACUGAUGCAAUGUUCUUUGUUUACACAGGAGGUCAGCCAUUCAGUUACGUGUCCCAUCAUGCUCAUUUUCAUCUGCGAAGCCAAACCAAUGUUGAAACCCUUUUUUCGAUGAAGGCCAAAACUAACAUCAAAUUUGUUUUAAAACUACAGUGGUCCAAAAACUGUUCCAUUUUUUAUGAAGCUACUCUGAUACAAUACUUCAGGAGGUCGCACCAUGACCAAGGCUGACUAUUGAAAUUACUGUUGCCGUGGGAACGCAUCUGGCAGAUUCGAUUCUAACUGACAUGCAUGGCUCAAAAGCAUGCCCUCUGCAGGAAAGACUUCAUUAUUACUCAUAAACAGAAGUGAAGAAUUCGUCAAAAUUACCUGAAUUUCUUGAGAUAUUUUUUAAUCUUUCUAAAUGAAAAGUCAUCUCAGUCAUACUGUAGUCAGACUGUGGCAUCUACCAUCCUACCAUUUUGGGAUUUAGCAAAAGAGAGAAAGUACCAGGACAAGCCGAAAACCAAGCAGGGAUAGGCGAGGCAGUUUUACCACUCCAUAUUUAAUGCACUGGAAAUGGUAACCCUCUCUGUAUUCUCUGCCCUUACCACAGACCUCCUGCCAGAUACAGUGGGCUGUCCUGGCCUUUGCUCUUCUCUCUACACUCUCUCUCUCUCUCUCUCUCACACACACACACUCACACAAUCCCAAAAUACAGCUUUGGUCUGAAAAAGUAGUUCACCACGGAUGUGACCGACCCAAAUAGUAGAAGAGAGCAUGACACAUAAGCAAUCAAUGUUUGACCAAGGGAGUAUUUUCACUCUCUUCUUUUCUUCCUUCCUCUCUUCCUUUCUUCUCUUUUUGGCUCAUAUUUUGUCUAACUACCAUUUGUAUCCGUUCUGCAAACCAUAGAGGAAUCCUUUGAUGCUCUUUCACAUAUAAUCAGUCUGGGAUGUUCAGUAUUUUUUGUGAUACAUAGCUGUAAAUCAUUUUUAUAGCCUGCUUGCUUUCAAUCCAACUCGUUCUGUUUAAGUUUGUGCAUCACUUCAGAUUCAAGACUUUGUCAUGGCGGCCCUGUUUGUCCUAAUUUGGUAAAUCCACUUCUUUUAGGUUUGUUAAGGUCUAUUAAACAUGUGCGCUAAUUUUGGGGUGUUGUUUAGGUUAACUGCUACCAUAUAGAAAUGUUUCAAACCACCACAUACGUGUCUUUCAAUCAUCACUUUUACAGUUUCACUUUAUGGCGAGGCAGUAUCAGCUCAGCAGAUAGAGAGCAGAACCAAACAGAAUCAAGGCUGUUAAUGUUAUAGGCUAAUAAACACAGGUCUAAUAUACAGUACAUUAGUCGGUUUGGAUUGGAGUAGGAGAUAUGUGCUUUUAAACCUGCAUAUAAAAGCACAGGAACACAGUGUAGCAGGGCUACUUGACAAUAGGUAAAAGAGGGGUCACCCCUAAAAAUAUCCACACAUUUCUGUCUGAAUAGUGUCUUUAUUUAGAAAUCCUGCUUCACUCCAGCAUAUUCAUAAAAUCAUUAAAAGCUUAGUGUGGGGGACAGGGGUGUGAUGUAACUUCUUGUGGGAUAGAGAUUUGAGGAAAGCAGCUGUAGUAUAUGAGGGAUGCAGCUGUUGGAGGUUUUUUUGUCUCUUGUGCUAUCUCUGAAUUUGUCCCUGUUAUUUAGUCUAACUCACCAGAAGUGACGCUGAAACCAUCCAACAAGCUGAUGUGUUGUUUCCCAUCUCAGAAAAGCUUUAUCGAUCACUAACUUAUCCACACCUUGAUACAAAAUUGCUUUGUUAUUUGUAAUUCAAACCUUUAAAGGAAACGUAAGGGUUUUUCUUUUAGAGAGGUUUUUCUUCUUGUAAAAGAUCAAUGCCACUGGUUUUUGUAGUGACGCCUAUUUUUCCUCACUUUUAUUGGAAUUUAUCAAAGUACUUAAGCAUUGAAGUUCGUAAUGGCUCAACCCUUUCAUGCACAGUGGUGACUACAGCGGGCGACUGUUCAAAAGCCAUUUACAAAGCAUAGACAUCCAUAUUAGUAUGUUAUCUCAUACACUGCCCUCUACUGGUGACCUCUUUUAAUAGCUUAAAAAUUUCGCAAAAUUACGAAUGACUAUGGAAAGUUUGAAAUACUACACAGCUUAUGCAAAUUGUUGUAUUUUGAUGGGCUCUUGUAUGUUAAAAAUGUAUCUUUAAAUAAUAUGGCUGUCUGUAUUUUUUAAAUACUAAUUUUACGGACCUAGCACCGAAUUUGGGGGGACAGAGCCCUCUCCGUUGCCGCCCCCACCUUCUGGAAUUCACUCCCCAAACCCAUCUGACCCCCACACUUUUAAAUCACUCUUAAAAACACACCUUUUUAAAUUGGCUUUUAACCUGUGAACUGUUCUUUUAUUGUUUUCUCAUAUUGUGACUUUUUUAACCUUUUACAUUGUUGGUUUUAUUUCACAAAAUUUUCUGUAAUUUAAUUUUUUAUUUUUUAUUUCAUUUUAUUUUAUUUUUUUUCCUUGUAAGGCAUCUUUGAGCACCUGUAAAAGUGCGUUGAAAAUACAAAUUAUUGUUAUUAUUAUUAAUGGUUGAAAAAUUUAAUAAUAAUAAUAAUAAUAACAAUAAUAAUAACAACAAUAAUAAUAAUAAAAAUAGUAAUAAUAGUAUAAUAAUAAUAAUAAUAAUAAUAAUAAUAAUAAUAAUGAUAAUGAUAAUGAUAAUGUUUUAUACUUUGCAUUAUUGGUUCAUUUUAAGCACUUAAAGUUUGGGGGUUUUCUUUCCCUUAUUAUUUUGCAUUAAAAUUUCUUCACGUUUUAAAUAAUUUAAAGAUUCCGUGAGAGAAUUUGAGUUUGUGCCAGUUUUGGCACCCCCUGUGGACAAAUCAGUUACUGCUUCUUUCUUUGUCUUCUAUGUGCUAAGGUUGUGUCUUCUCAAAAAUUCUCACCCUGCUGACUUUUGAGAUUAAAUUUAGUCAUUUAUGGAGAAAAUUUGGUUUGGAAAUGUAAAAACAGCUGAUACCUGCCCCCUCGCACAGUUUCAGAUAUUUAAAAUAUCUGUAAAUCACUGCCCAUCUUGUUGCUGAUGAUCUUGUUUACUUUUGUAUAUCAUGAAAAGCAUUAAUUUGAUUUUCAGUCUGUUUAAUAAAUGUCAAAUGAAGCUUUAAGUAUAGAUGUAGAGGAAAAAACAAAAUCAGAAUCUGCAGAACAAAUUCAGUUUAAUUCCUUUUUUGUGUUUGUUGGUAAAAAAACAAUCACCGGUCUCUGUACUCCAUUUGUUCGGUUGCAACAGGAUAAAAACACAGAAGAGAAACGCUAAAUUAUUCUCAUUUUCUUUAUUUUCUUUGUGUCUUGAUCUCUCUUUCUUCUUCACUGUCUCCCUUUGAAUUAAAUUGUCUGCGCCUGAAUGCGUGAGCUUUACUGUUAGCGAUAUGGUGUUUGAUUUGAUUUUCCAGUUGAGAGCUUGGUAGUCUCUGUGAGGGCGACUGAGAGAGAGGAUGUACGAGAGAAUGACUGGGAAACGUGUCUGAGUGAAUGCAGAUAUGCGCCGUAUGUGUGUGUUUAUAUAUGUGUGUGUGUGUGUGUGUGUGUGUGUGUGUGUGUCUCUGCUCCACUGACACUCUUCCCUCCUUCUCCACAGAGAGAAGUGCCUUCUUUCGUCGACCCCUUCAUCUGUUUGGUUCGACUGAAGCAGCCUCUGCCUCUUUGCCUCUCCAUGUCUGCCGGAGACUCCAGCCGCAUCAGGAGCCGCAGGACUGCCAAUACCACCCAAUGAGCCAGUCCACACAACACUGACACCUCCCUGCUCCACUUCAUCUCCUUCUCUGUCUGCCAUCCAUGCCACUCAGCCCCCCUCUGUGGACGCCAACCACUCCUCCGUCCUCCUCCUCCUCCUCCUCCGGCUGAAGGCAGAAACCCUUUAUCACUUCCUCUUUGCUCCACCACAGCCCUCUUUUCCUUCUCCUUCUCCUCCCUUUCCUCCCUCCACUUGCGUCUUUUCAUCAUGGGCCAGUUUGAUCGAUAAUGCGUUUUGCCAUUCGUCUCGUCUGACAGUUCGGCAGAGGCGUGAGGCGAUAGAGAGAACCAGUGUGAGUGUGUUUGAGGGGGAAAAAAAAGGGGGAGAGAAAGAGAAACUACAAAGCCAAAGCUCUUUGGCUGUCACCAGCCUCGGCCCAGGGUGACAGGAGGUGAAGGAUUCCUAUCACAGCCACAAACAGACUCUUGGGAUGAGCCUAAGGUGGUAGGAGAGUCCCUGACCUCCUAGGCUUCACCUCACAAUCACACCCUGGGGAGCAAAAACCUCUUAAACCAGACUUUUGCCCAUGUCCUUUCUCUACUCUCCCUCCUCAUUUGUCCCAGUGUCAUUAGAAACACACAGACGCACACAUAAUUGCAUUCGCUGGAUAUCUACUCCUCAUCCUUAUCGACCCCUCCUGCCUGGUCCGAAAUGGCGGUGAAUGUGACACCGAUCCGGGACACAAAGUGGCUGACGCUGGAGGUUUGUCGGGAAUUCCAGAGAGGGACAUGUUCGCGGCCGGACAGCGAGUGCAAGUUCGCUCACCCUGCCAAGAGCUGUCAAGUGGAAAACGGCCGAGUCAUUGCCUGUUUUGACUCACUCAAGGUGAGUGUGACAAACAUCUGUGAUAGUCAUUCAUCAUCGCUCUGUCUUCCAGCCUGUGGUGUUCAAGAGACUUGUCCUUUCAGUGUUUUUUGUCGUAUUUUUGGACUUUUAAAGAAUGCCAGAGCCAGACUCUUGUGUUCUGGGGUAUCUUUUUGGAGUAAACCCCAACGCUGAGCUCUACACAAUCUUUCUGUCAGGUUCUGUGUCAGUUUAGAUGAUCACAGUGCCAGAAUCUUGUACAGUGACAUGACUGACAGGCAAACCAGACAAGUUCUCAAUGUUUUGGCUAUUGGCAACAUUAUAUAGUGUAUUACUGUAGACAGAGGCAGAGGUGAAGGGUGAGAUUAGUGCACAAAGGGAGGGCUUAUUUUCUAAGGAAGUGCCAGGUCUUAUUUAUGAGACUGAAACAAAUCAAUAAAUGAAGAACAUCUUGAUUACAAAAGCAAGGUUCAUGAAGAAAACAGUUGAAAAGUGUUUCAGUGUGAGAGUUCGUCAGGUCUUUAAUGCAGUUGUAUGGUCCCUUAGGUAUUGUGGUGCAAAGAGCACAUCUCAUCUCUGACGCAACAUCCUAUAGCAAAUGGUUCAAAGAUUUCAUGCACACAAGAGCACUGUGAGAUCUCUCGGUAUCCCUCUUCUGCACCAAACCAGAACUCCUCCAUCGGUCCACAUGAAUGCCGCCCUGAUGGGUUUUCAAAGUUCAGUUGGCUCGAGGAGGCUUUUAAUGUCCGUUCUCUGUCUGUUUGGUCUUGUAAAUGGACUGACUGGAUGUAGAGUUUCUAUUAUCAUAAAGCACAGUGCUUCCUUCCCGCUGAUGAAUAAAUGAAAAUAUCAUACAACUCAAUUUGAAUUCCACGUGGGGACCCCAGUUUGGAGAGCCACAGCUACACGGUUGUACUCAAACAAACAUUACCACCAUUGCGAUGACGUUGGUUUUAUAGUGGUUGAUAUUCUAGUUUUUCUAAUGCAUAAUGCACGUUUCUCAACAGGAAAGUUGUUGCUUGGCCUCUGCUUCGUAGAUCUAUCCCGCCGCAUCACUUUCACCAAUGUUGAAUCUCAUUGGACGACGUUACUGACCUGACAGAACACACUUGAAGAAGUCAGAAAUGAAAAUCAGACACGUGAAACUUUCUGUUUAAGGUUUCGAGGCGUCCCAGACGUGGCCUCGAUGGUUGCCCGUCAUGACACACGACAUGAGAUUAAACAAUCGAUUUUCAAGGCAUAAAACCCGAAAAACUCUUCCAGAAAACCUGCAUCUGCCAGAUCAGGCUAUAAUUACGCUUUUGGCCUGUAGUCUGACCUUGGCACAAGAUGCGAGGAAACAACUGCUUCUUAAGGCAUGAGGUCAAGCCACUGCCAGGGGACAACAAAUAUGGUUCUGAAUAGUUUUUAGGGUGUUUGAAACUCGGUAAGCCAAGAUGAGGCCAUGAUCACAUUAACAUCUGUGAAUCAGACUAAGAGUUUCCUUCACUCGCUCUCAACUUUAGAGCAGGACUUCUGGUUGGCACAGUGCAAAAGUUUCUGAGUGAUCGUCACUCGAAUAGAAAAUUUAGAGAAGUAGGGCAGCAAACUGUGUAUUUCAUGUUAGUAUGUUAGACUGUGAGUGUGUAUCUGUGUGUGUUAUUUUGAGGUCAUGCUGCACAGCGGGACGCUCCCAGAAGGCUCUGUAAUUUACUGUCUAUUUUUGCCCUGGCACUGGGACAACACACUCCCACUUUGCAGCUCCUCUCUCUCUCUCUCUCUCUCUCUUUCUCACUAAAAGAAAGAGAAAAAUCCUCAUCAUAUUCUUUACAGAACGCUGCAAAUUCAUCGUGGCGAUAAAUGUUUACCUGAUGCUCAAAAGCACGGCUGAUUAAAUUGUCUAUUCUGUAAAUAGACUGUGACCAAUAAUCUUGAGUUCAGUUUAGAGGAAAGCUUCAAUAACGAUUCAAAGUGAGUUUGAUUCAUACAUUGCAUCUUCUCGUCAUGCUAUAUGUCAACCAACCCUGUCUCCCUGCAAAUCCAGUUUAAUUGUGAAAGAAUGUAGGCAAAACUUCCUGGACUCUACCCUGCCAAAGAUCAUAAUCCUUGGCAGUCAUUUGUUCCUUCAAAACACAUUGAGCGAACACAGAUGUAGCUGGAAGGUGGUUGUGGUUGGAUGACGAGCACCGAAUGAGAAGAGACUUUGACAGAGAAGAUUUGAGUUUGAGUCCUAGGGUCCCGCUUGUGGUCAUUUUCAGGCAACAAAAACACCCACUCAAGAAAGAGUGUACAUUAAGGUCCCUUUUUUCAAGUUUAUCAGUCUUCAUUUGAAGCAUCCACCAGGGAUAAAAAUGUCAAAUUUCCAUUUAUAUCCAUGCUGUGGAUGAAAUAGUUACCUCUGAACUGACCAAUCAACAGACAGGAUAACAGGGGUGCUAGUUUAGCCUUCUGGUAAAUCACCCACCUUCCAUAUAAAGGCUAGCCUUUAAAGCAGGCAUUACGGGUUUCAUUGCAACCCUUAUGCUGCACAGACUCUAUUCACUGUCCUCUUGUUAAAGCAUACAAGCUGGAUAAUAAAUCUGAAAAAGAGAGAAAAACAUUUUUUUUGUUGGUAUGAGCCGAUAUUGACCCUGAAAUCCAGGAUACAAGUAGAAGAAAGAGAUUUAAUAUAAAAACAUGUCUUCAUGUUAUGUUGAAUGUUUCCAAUAGAGAUGCUGCAUUUGAGUUACCUCGUAGGUUUGCCUUGUCUGAAUAUAACAUGGACAAGGCAAGCGCUAAAAUAAUUUUCGUAGAUGGAGCCAUCUUGUUUCUGCCUCCGGUUUUGCUUUUUUCCGACUCAGUAACUGAAACGCUGGGAACUCAGGUGUGACGUCAUUAUCAGCUCCGACAUCUGACUUAUGAGGUAACUCGAGCACAGCAUUAGACAAGAGCACAAUUUUUUUUUUCUUUUUUUAACUUUGUCUACAAACCUAAUAGUCAGCCUGUAAUUCAAAGUCAAACUAAAUUAACCUUUUUUUGCUGUGCUUGCAAGUUAUUUCAACACCAUUUCUAUUUAUUCUUGCUCAAAAUACAGUCAUCUCUUUAGUGUCAUGGUUUUUUGACUCAGAUAAUCCCAUAUAACUGCUGAUAUUAGACUGUUUUUCUGUGUGAUGACGCCCAUUGUGCCCAACGUGUACUUUCUGCGCAGCUGUCCCAGUAGUCCUGCAAGCUGCCAGUGCGAUAGUUUAGCUAAGCCUGUAUAAUAAUGUUGUAACUGCAGUAUUAGAGUGCAGCCUCACUUUUAAAACAAGAAAAGGCAUUAAAAGCACCAAUUAAAAAAAAAAAAAGAAAUUCAUAGAAGUGAAUGCUUUGCAGAUAAUUUAUGGUAAGUGAGAACCAUUUAUUUACAAGUUGUUGAACAAACUCAUUAAUUUCUUGGUGGAAGAAGUCAGAGGUCAACUCGUUUCAAUUAAAACCGAAAGAGGAAAAGAUAAAUCUAUUAUGAGGGGGCUACAAGCCAGAUAUUCUCCUUUCAUUCAUGGAUAUAUGGUGCAUCACUCACACUUUUGGACUCCCAUGCCCUGUGAGUAAAUAUACACUCAUACUAUUAUUUACCCACAGCAGUGAGAGUGUGUAAAGGGUCAGCUGUGGCACCAUUUGUCAGGGCCGGGAGCCAAGUCUUAACACUGGCUUUCUGUAACACACUGUAGUAAGUCAUAUAUGAAGACAACAUGUACACACACAGGGUGCAGAUGACCUCUUGAACAUGUGUCACACAAACUCUAGCUGUGGCAUCUCGGCACACUGGUCCACAUUGUGAUGAUUGUGGUUUUCCUUGUGGUUUCUGCCCUUUUAAAGUCAGGUUUUGUCGCUAAACUCUUCCUCAUUCGUCGAUUCUCUGUAGGUCUUUCUGAAUAGAUCGACUUGCAGUUCAGUGAAACAACCUUUUGUUGUCAUUUGAGGCCUUGUAAAUAAAAGUUGAUUGAUUUAUUUCUUCGGUUUCAGGGGCAGAAAACAGAAACAUAUCAGACAAAGGUAUCAGUCUAGUAAAUCUGUGUAUCUUGGCUCAGGUGAGCACAGUGAUCUUGGAUCAUAGGGUUCUGUCUACCGUGUUGUAAUUUGUCUCAUAUCUGAUUGGCACGCAAGGUUUUAUUCGGCGGAACAAGAGACCAAAGCUGGAAGUCACUCAAGGAAGUCCAGGCCUCAGCUUACCUUGUUUAUAACUUGGGAGGGGUUUCUGUGCUAUUACACUGCUGGGCUGCUCGACUGGAGCCUAGAUGGUCUGGGUGGGUCUCAGUUGGUACAGGUAAGACAGGAAUGGAUAGAGGGGGCCGCAGGGGCCUUGCACGGAUCAUGAAAACAGACAGGGAGACAGAGAGGGCGCAGUGGGGAAUGCGCGAGGAAGCGUAGCGCCGCGUUUGGUGCCAGGGCAUUCCACAGUCUGCCUCCCUUCCCUGCGUCUGUGACAGAAUGAUAGAUCAGCUUUAUCUGUGAAUGAAUUCAUAACACACAGCAAGGCAAGGAGAGAGGGGAAAAGGGGGGAUUGUUAGGGGAUGGAAGGGUGUACGCGUGGCUCUGCAGUGGACAUUACCACCCACACUUAAUUCUUCAGGAAAUGCAGGCUGAAAAAGAGACAGAGUGCACAUCAUGCUAGAAAAUGAAAAGCAUGUGGGCAGCUCUUCUUUAGCUUUUUUAAUCCAGAUAGUCUGUUCAUUCAAACCUUGAAGAGAUCUUUUCUGUUUUUCUUUCUAUUUGUCCUAGACUGAGUUUCUUCUCUGGUGCCAGAUUUUCUUCAUGCCAAUUAUGAACUUAAUACAACCAUUCAUUUGUACCUAAAAGAAGAAAAAAAAAGGUAUUUAUCAGCCAGGAAUGAGGUGGAAAGUUUCGUUUGAUGGGCUGUGAAACAGGGGAUGACGUGAUAGAGGCCAACAGGAAAUGAGUCAGAGGCAGAGACUCUGAAGGACUGGUCGACGUUACGAAGACACUGACCCUCUCUGUGUGGAAUUACAACAGUAACAGAGAAGAGUAACCGAACAAAGAUGCAAUGAAACUGUCCUGAUAUGCAGAUUAAACAGAGACAUAGCGACGGUAAAAGAAGUGCUUGAUCAGUCCUUUUCUAAAACAACAGCGCUCUUCACGUCUCCUGAUGCUCGUUUAUGUCUUUCUUGCGUGUGUUUAGACAGAAAUCAAAGCAGAAUUUAUGCCGUUUUGCAGCCCCGUCUACGCCGAGGAAGUCUAAAAACCCUCAAAUAAUGAAGAAAUCCCAUUGUGAAUUUUCUAAGGGAAAGGACAAACAACCAAUUUUUCGUCCUCUUGAAGUGAAUUGUUUGUCCUUUCGCCACCUGAUGUAGGAAUUCAGCAGCUUGUUGCGAUUAACAUCCAAACAAAGAGACAGUUUUAUUGUAUAAGAACAGUUGUGGGUAUUUUGGGCAGAUGGAAAACAAUAAACUCACUGCUGAGAUUUUUUUGCUCUCCUUGAGAUUUUUUCUCUUUAUUGACAUUUAGAUAAUAUUUUUUCCAGCAGGACAUCUGCAGAUACUUUGAGCUGUUUCUUCAAAAAAAUAAGAUAUUUGAUUCUUACCAGAGUUUGAGUGGGCUGGUUGAUGGGGAUCCCCUCUGAGCCACUAAAAUAUUACAAUCGUGAGGGUGUACACAGUGUUACUUAUUUGUUCUGUUAUUUUCAACAUUAGGGAGAUGUUAGACUAGAAAAUUUAACCAAAUCUCCUCCCUCCUACAAAGAGUUUCCUUUGUUGCUGAUUACAAUUUAACCUUAAAUAGAAACUGACAAUGUUUACGUGCAGCCUAACGAGCCCACUCAGGAGUUCCUCAGUUACUUAUUUACUGGUUUCCAAGGAAACAACAUUUAAUGAACGUCUUCAAAGGGAUCUUACAUAUGAACUGGUAGUGAUUUGGAUCUUUAGGGAAAUACUCGAUAUCGAAUCAGACGUAAAAGCUCUAUUUAUAUGAUUGGGUUGUAUCUCUUGUAUUCCUGUUUUUUUGGCAUGUUUGGAUGAAAAACAUAACACAGAGACCUGCUAAUGCCCUCUUGUUUCAAGCCCUCACAUAACUGGGUAUUUAUGUUAGUCUGUGAAUGCAAUAGACAAAAAAAUAAAGACCAUAGUCUGCUUGGUGAAAAUGAAAACAGACAAAUAAAGCUGCUGUAGGGAGCUAUAAACUGCCUUUGAAACAGGUAAUGAAUAAUGUAUUACUAACCAGCAGUAAUGUGGAUAUUGCCUAUUUAUUACCUGGCUACCAACUUAAGAUGCAAACAAGAUGAUACAAAGUGUUAAUUCAUUAAUAAUUUUAUGAUGUAUAAUAGAUUCAACAGCUGGCUUUGCUUCCACGGCUCUGAUACUCUCAUCAGUUUGUAUUAAAUUAACAUUUACUAACAGUAUUCAGCGUAAGGUCAACAAACAUAAUUCAUCUUCACUGUUAUAAACCCCAUUGAACUAACAUUACCCUUCAUAGUCAUCCCACCAAACACUCGAUGUCAUUUAGACACAUUUUUUCAGGCUAAAUCACGUUGGCUCAUCAUGGCCAUAAUUUAGCCCAAAAAAAGACAUUGAAAACUGGGCUUUGUUUAGACAAUCGAUCCAAUUCAGUGCUGAUUUAGCAAAAAAAAGACAUUUAAAAUUCAUUUAGACAGUCCUAUUUGGUCCUGUUUUAGCCCCCCCCCCAAAAAAUAAAUAAAUAAAUAAAUAAAAUAAAUUGAGGACUCGACUUCAUUCAAACGGUCCAAAUCUAGACGUUGUUAAGACAUAUGUUGAAGAUGUCUUCUUUUUUCAACCACUUUUUGCUGGAUGUGAUAGUUCUCUUCUUAUCAGUUUACAGCAGCACUGGUGUGAGGUUUUCUCUGGUGCGUUUUCUUCUCACUUAACUAGUCUUGUAACAUCACCAAACUCCAUAUUUGCGGUUGCUUUGUGUUUGUUUUCUUCGAUUCGGUAGAUGUCUCUCUCACCCAGCUCCUUUUGUGUUUUGUCAUCCUGGCUUUCUUUCCCCACUUCAAGUCUUCUUUCUUCUACCUCCAAUCCAAAAGUGAUGCUUCUCUAUGACCUACAAAAGUGAACCAAACCAUUGCAAAUGUCUUUUUAAUGAUUUACCCGUAACAAGAGAUUGGGUGUCAGAGACUUGUAUUUAAAGCAUGUUCAAGAAAACUUUUAUUUUUACCUUUUUCAGUGUCAAAAAACUUGAUUCAGGGAGGAAAAGACCAUCAGCAGGAGGCACCAAUCUUAACACCAACAAAAAGUUCCAUUGCUUAAAAAAAUAGGACCUGCAAAAUACACAAUAACUUCAAAAAACAAGGCAGGAAGUUGUCAGAGUUAUCUUUGACCUUAUGCUUAUGUUGUGAAUCAUACAGUAAUUAAGUGUUUCUUUUAUUCUCUCUCAGUCUGACUCCUGUGGUGUAUGAGUUUGUUAAAGCUAGACCUAUGAAUGUAAAAUCAAACAAAAAGUCAUGAUGUCUUUCUGUUGGAACUCAAAAAUAUGAACUUCCAAGUAAAGUGAUGGUAACAGAAAACAAAAAAAUGCUUGCUAAUUAAUCUUCUAAUCUGAUAGAUUAGCUUGAAGGAAGUUGGAGGGUAGCUUCUUGAAUCUGAGACCUCUCUUUGUAAUGUUACAAAUUAAAUGUCAAAGGUGUGUGUCCCCACUUAAUGCGUGCACAGUUGGUGUAAUAGUGAUCUCUGCACACGUGACUUCCAGAUGUCAAAUGAUCAGCCGGUCAGAAAACUGUUUAAGGGCGAAUAAGAAAAACAGUUUCCUGAGUGUUUUUGUGAUGAUCUCCCACAUGUUUUCUCAGUAUUUCAAGACAUUUGGGGGAAAAAAGAAAAAGUCAUUAUCUGUGAUUCUGUAGAUUGAAAUGAAAGGUAUCAGCACUCGCUUCGGUGGUUUGUAAAAACAGAAAUUCUCAUUCUAACAACCCCGUUAUUUUUUAAGUGUUGCCUUUUGUUUCUAAAAUUGUCACUUGUAUCGUUUACACGUCGUCGCGGUAGAGCCGGUGAAUCAUGCAGCUACUGUCAAACAAAAUGUGUUUGAUUUGUAUUUGACUGGCUGGCUCGCUGACAAAGAAAGUGUGAAGUUGUCGAAACACAGAACAGUUGACAAAGACCAAAAGCAACAAAUAGUGAAAAAAAAAAAAAUUCAAACAUUUUUUUACAGAUGAAGUGCUGAAAUUCAUCAGCCUCUAAAUUCCCUUUUUUUUUAAACAUGUGGUGCCUGAUUGCUGAUAGUGUCCAUGUCAUGCUUCAUCUACUUAUAGUGGUUUUAGGGUGUCAAAGGCUUAAUCAGUGUAAUGGACAUUACCCAGACAAACUGGGUCUGAGCGGAUAUUAUUACCUGUGCUUAAUGAAAACAUGUUGUUUUCAUGUGUGUACUAAAGCAGCCACACUCCUUUGGGGUUUUAUUGUGCGUUUUAUAAUCAAAGAGGUGGGGACUGAGCUUGUAAUGCCACAUGUCCUUGAGAACUGGUGAACCUAUUACUGCAAUAACAGCCCGAAUUGUCAUGGAGGUGAUGAUGCUGCGUGCUAUGUCCCCGUAAUCACAUUAAAGUGCCUGUUAAAGUGUAAAAGAGCUGUUGUAAAGUAGAGCCGAUGGCAGUAUGAUUGUGAAAUACCUUCCUUGAGUUUCAUCUGUGAAAGCAUGAUGUCUGUGGAUGCAAAAAAAAAAUCAUGGAUGUAGAUAUUUGUACAGAUCAGAACUGAUAUGAUGCACCUAUUUGUAAAAAUUAUUAGAAAGGCGUAAAACUCAAGCCCCUGCAGCCUGGCAGUGCAGAUCUCAGUGGAAGUGCUACUUUUGGUAACAUUUUAUUUGACGCCUUUCUUUCUAACCUAUUAUAAAUAUAUGUAUAAUGUGUUAUAACCACUUUAUAGCAGUGUAUAACUAUAGUUAUGAACACUCAGAAAUGAUCUUAAUGCUUUAUAGCAAUAAUCAUAACACAUUAUAAAGCAUUUUAUCAUGACUUACAAGUUCAGGUAUUAUAACAUGUUAUAACUGUUAACAACAGUUGCAUUGCAUUAUCUAUGUGGGCAUUGUCAGUGAGUUGUUUACAGUUAUAACACAUUAUAAUACCUGACCUAGUACGUCAUGAUAAAAGGCUUUAUAAUAUGUUACGAUUAUUGCUAUAAAGCGUUAUGAUCAUUUAUGAGUGUUUAUAACUUUACUUAUACAGUGCUAUAAUGUCAAAAACAUGCAUUUAAAGCCGGUGGUGAAAUACUAUAAGUUAAAGUAAAUAAACCUUGAGGAAAGCCAGUGUUGUUAACUUUUCUAAAGACAGCAGGUGAAGCAGCCGUCAGGUGGGUGGGGCGUCCCUAUAGGCAAAUUUGACACUUACAGGUAGGUCUGCACCAUUAGUUCUUGUUUUGGCGGUCCCUUGUUCAACCCAGAGCCCCGACCAUAUGCUGCAUGUCCAACCCACUCUCUCAUUCCCACAUUACCCGUCUCUCUUAAGAUGGUUGCUGCAGGAUUUUGUAGGAUUUUGUGAUUGCAUAUGCAGUGAGGCUGGACGAUAGUGGUAAAAACUCACAUUGCAAUUUUUUUCAACCCUGCGAUAUAUAUUACAAUAUUAAAAAACACAGGAAUUUUCACAAGAUGACCUGAAUAGCUCUUUAUGCUAUACUGCACUACUGAAAUCUUGUGGACAGUUUAACCUGCACUGAUCUUACCUCUUUUUGUGAAUGUAAAUAGAAUGGCUUCUGUCUGUCUCAGAGAUAUUUUUAGCUUUUACUGUGCUGGGAUGUUAUUGUGGAAACAGAUGAACACAGAACACGUGUUUUGGUCGACAUUAUCCUUCUUGUAACCGAAAUACUUCCAGAUUGCUUUUCUUUUUGGCAACAAGUCUUCAUUUUCGGUGGUUUUCUCUUGUUUGUGGCUCAUUUUGCAAUCGUUGUUGUUGUUCCCGGUGUUGUGCCGAGAAACACAUGCCCGCCAAGAAUUGCAUGCAUCUUGCAAAACCCGCACUGCUUAUAGUAGAGUGGUCCACGGAAAUGUACAAUUUAAAAUCCAUACAGUUCUUAUUUGUUGGGCUAAACAGUGAUGAGUAAUGAUCUGAAAGUAAUUCUCAGCGGACGCACGUUUCUCGGCACAACACCAGCAGCACCAGCGACUCACUCCAUGAAGUUCAUUGGCCUCCAACACGCAGGCUCUGCAAUGUGACGAUGCUCAAAGGAUAUAUCGUGCAGCCCUAAUAUGUAAUGAAAAAUAACCAUCUGAAAUUGCGACCAAAACAACAACAUUUUGAGUGUGCUUGCUUGUUUUAUUUAUCAAUUUAAAACAGGCAGUAAUAAUUACAUUUAUUGUGAAAUUUUAAAAUACUAAAACUAACCCACUGAGCAAUAGACGGCCUUAGACAUCUAGUUUUUUUAGCCCUAAUUUCAACCGUCUAGAUUCUGUACAGUUUAGACAGAAUUUAAACAUUGCACUUUAGACCAUAAUUCGAUAACUAUUUAUUUCAAAAAGCAAAUGUGAGUUGCAUAACUGAUCUCCAAGUACUUAACCAAAAUUAUUAUGAUAGCCGUUGAGCAUUAUACAGCAUAGUAUAGUACAGCCAGCUAGUCUAAAUUUAGACAUCUAAAAAACUUUGAUUUUUAGACCUGUGGUAGCCUGAUUUUAGACCAGUCUUCUAGGCUACAUUUAGACGUCUAUUAGACCUCUUUCACACCAAAAAAUGCUCAGUGGGAAGCUUGUACAGAAGUGAAACUCAGUAUGAGUAUGCUGAACCCAGGAUGUAUAAGUGUUACUCUGGAGGCUACAGCCCACAAAAAAAACACAAAUAAUCAGUGCUGUGCAUUUUUACUCGGCACAGACAAAGACUCUCAAUCAGGAGGUGAGGGACAAUAAGAAUAUAUGCUGACCUACAUUUACAAAGUCCUUGGAAACACAAAAAAUUGCAGAGGGUGAGAGAGACAAAAGAGAGCAGAGAGAGGAGAUAACCGCUGAAUAUGUGAGGUGUAUGGAGAUGAGAGCCCAGCCGAGAACACAUGUAAAGGUGUGUGUGUGUGUGUGUGUGUGUGUGUGUGUGUGUGAGAGAGAGAGAGAGAGAGAGAGUGUGUGCGUGUGUGUGUGCACAGAGGUGUGCAGCAUAUUGGAUAAGAACUCUUUGAAAGUGAAACAUACUCCAACGGUGCUAAUCUGCUCUGUAUCUGUAUUCUACAGUCAUGCUCUCCGCUCUCAUCCUCUCCUCUCAUUACCUCUGUUAAUCUGUCUCUACUCAACAGCCCCCCCACCACCCAUCCACCCUCACCAUCUCCUCUUUUCUGCUCUUUUUUUUUCUAUCCCAGGCAUCCCAGACACUUUCAUUUCCAUUUCACACAGACUGAUUUUCAUCUCUUUUUUUUUUCAUCACUUCUCAUCGUAUUUAAGGGAGACAUUUGUCGUUUUCAGGCUUUGUGGCCAUGCAGCCGUUGAGGAGGAGGUGAUUCAUGAUUACAUGUAGUUUGCUGAUGGCUUUGUUCACGGUGCGUGUCUCAAAACUUUGCUCUGCAUGGGGUCACUGAGGUCUGUGUGUUCUAUGUCUGCUCCAGCCUGGAUAAAUCUGACGACACUGUUUACAAGUAAAAACGCUCUGCAGCCCUGCAAGAGAUUUAACUUGUUGUGUCUGUGCAGUCUUUACCUCAUUGUUCUCCGAAACCUCAGCUCCCCCAGCGCGGCGAGUGUUUCCAAUUUUAAUUUUCCACUUUUUAGAUCAUAUACUAUGAGUUUGUUUCUUUGGCACUGAAACAAUGCUGACUCGAGGAGAACAGAAGUUCCAGACACAGAAAAAGAUAACUCCAAGAAUUAAGUCAGCCAAGUGUGAAUGUGACUCAGAAACUGAUAACACAUCUUCUCUUCCAAAACAGAUUUUAAUACCAUAACUCAGAAAGGCACUUCUUGUGGAUCUGGAAUGAUAAAUCCACUUCCAUUUUUCCACUUAAAGUCCCACUACGAUUGUUUUUUUUUUUUUACUACUUAAAAUGUUAUCGGUAGUUUUUAAAUUGUGAUUAGGAAGUUAUAGCCAAAAAUCAUGUUGCCUGGGUGAUUUUCAAGGGCUUUUCUUCUGCAGAGCAAGUUUUAUACUUUUGACUUAUCAUCAAUUUUAUUUAUUUUUUUUUCUCCUACAAUGAUCAUUAGCAUUCUCAGCUACUUUCCCGCCAAACUUUCCCAGACUUUGAGGGGAUAAAACCUUCAAAAAAACCUUUGCAUGGCAUAAGGUAACUCACUCACAGCCAGGAGUUUGUAUUAGUUCUGAAUCCCAAUUUUCGACUCUACAGUGCACCACUGACAGCUGCAGCAGCCAAUAACAAAUGCGUGUUCUUUUUUCGAACUCCUCAGCAAAACAAACAGUCAUCAAAAGAAGCUGAAGUUUCUCUGUUUUUUAUGUGAUGGUUUGCUUGUAGGCAUCUACAGUCUUCAGCAACUUUUCAAAGUGAAGUGCUUGCUCUCAUCAACUCUCAAACCGUGAGUCAACUAAAGUGUGUACAAUCAAACAAAACAAACAGGAACCCACUCGCUCAAAUAAAUGUCCAGAGGCAGCGCACCUGGAAUUAUAGCUGCUGCUUUUGCACAUCUUUACAUUUCUGCAAUCUCAGAGUCAGGGGGGAAAAAAAAGCCAGAGCUAGCUCACUCAGUCUGCUGACCUGCAUGCUUGCUGCACCGUGUGGUAAAUCUCGGUCAUUCCAGCUGCUGUAACCUUAUCUGUUUGGCAGCCCUCUUUUGGUUUCAGGGGAAAUGUAUCUGUAGAUCCACAUUUCCCCAAAGAGUGUUGGUGUUUCUUGUGACAAGUCAUAUUCUCCUCCUCCGUGUUCGAUUGAAAGGAAAAACUCUGGCAAAUGUUGCAAAAAACUUUCUGGGAAUCGUCCCCAGAAAGAGUGAGUUGUUGUAGCUGCAUCUCCUUUUCUUUCCGGCAUAUUCCACCAAAAAGUGCAUCCAGGCAGCUCAUGCUCAUAGAUAGGGUCAGUUUGUCCUGUCAGCUUUAGACUCCACACAUCCUAGAACACUAAAGAAAGAUUUAGGGGUAUUUAUUGUAAAUUAAAAGUAAGGUAUGUUUUAGUGGUAACACUUUACAAUAAUCAUAACUUAUAACUGGUAAAUAGACCAUUUAUAAAUGGUAAGCAGACAGUUUAUAACUGUUUAAUCAUCAUUUAUAAAUAGCAUAUAGACCAUUAAUAAAUUGUAAAUUUUACAAUUAUAGAAAACCUAAUCCUAACCUUAACUUUAGAAUAACCGUCUAAGUAAUGUUUAUAGAUGGUUUAAAAACCAAAUAUUAACCAUUUACAAAGUGCUACUGACACAUUUUAAUCUAGAUGUUUUACAACCAACAUUUAAACCCUGUAUUAACCUUUAAUAAACAGUCUUUUAAUUAUUAAUGACAAUUAUUAAUCAUAAUUUCAUUGCUUGUUAAUUGUAAAGUAACUUACAUUAAUAAACUAUCCAUUUGCCAUUUAUAAUUGGUCCAAAUGCUGUUUCUAAAUGAUGAUUAAACAUCAAUAAACUAUCUAUUUACCAUUUAUAAGUUAUGCUUGUUGUAAAGUGUUACCGGAUCAAUAUCAGUGUUAGCCAAAAUGAAGAGAGCACAAAAAUCUGUGAGUUAUAUUUAACCGUGUCCUUAAAAAACACAAUUCUUACUUUAAAACGAAUUGUCAAUCAAUUUAGAAGUGAUAGCACUCCCGUGCUUGUUUGUGUUUUGUUUGGACCUGCUUUGAAUUGAGCCACUAAAGUGCAGGUUUGAGAGCAUGAUUUGGAGUAUCCUAAGCUGUUUUCUAGAGUGAUGUUAUUGGUUUAAGAGAUGCUCCAAAACAUUUGUGCUUGCGAGUGGGUGCACUCUCUGACUGUUAUCAUCUAGCACUCUGCUGUUCCAUUUUUAGAGUAUAUUUUUGGGCCUAACUAAACCAGAUAUACCCUAUCUGAUUUCUUACAUGGCUCGGCCUACACGGGACAUUAUGAAAGGAGGCUGUUAUUAGACACAGCCAUGAAGUAAGCAGGGUUACACACGGCCAACAGCUAUUAAAUUUUGUCAGGGCUCUUUGCAUGAGUUAGAGCGUCUCCUCUAAAUGUCUCUCUGUCCUCAGAGGGGACACCAUUUUUACAUCCAUCUGUGGAUGUGCUGCAUCAGCACAGACACACAAACACAUACAUCCAUCUUUAAAUGUGCUGCAUCAGCAUGGAGACAUGACACAACAACAUCAGAGCCAAAAUACAUACAAGGGCGUUUAGGCAAAGCUCCCAACAACAUGCAAACACCUCAACUUUUGGCACUUUUCCUUUAAUCCUCCAUCUUUAACACUGUUACCUUGUUUAAAACUACAGUUAUUUACAUUUAAAUACCUUUCCAUACAUGUUCUCCAGCGUUCAGGGUAUGUGCCUUUGCAUCUUCUUUUAUAUGAAGCUGGAGGGUCCCGGAUGUUUAGGCAGUCUGAAGGUAAUAUCAGCAUCUCUGCGUGCUGAGUCGUGAUGUCCCUUUGCUAUUGCUGCUCCUGCUGCUCCUGCUGUUGUGAACGGAAUAUGCAAUCAGUUAUGGCCUGAUCCAUUCCCGUUCGUCUGUCUCACCCUCCUCCACCACCCUCCAAUCUACUCCCCAUCUUUCAAAGGACACCGUUCAUCCUGUCUCCUCCGUCCCCCCCUUGCAUUUUUAUUUUAUCAUAUCAUCAUCCGGCUGCUUUUUUUUUCUACCUUUUUAGAAUUCUUCCUGUGUGAUGCGGUAAAACAAACCUUUUAAAUUUGACUGCAGACAAGUUGUUCAGGGGGGGUGGAGGGAGAAACGGGACAUUAAUUCACUCCAGGACAGCCAGUCGUCUGCCAACUUCUCCCCCUCUUUUGUCGUCUAGCCUUUCCCCCUCCUAUCUGCUCUCCUUUUAUCCGUCACUGACCCUCUGCUCUUCAUCUGAUCUUUGGAGUUCAGAUGCUUUUCUUCCGCACUUCUGAAGCGUAAUCCUUUACUUUCAAGCCUGAACACAUAAACUCACACAUCAUCGCCACAAACAGCAAACAAGCCCUCGCUCUGUACCGCAGUCACAUGCGCACACACUGACACACAAACAUCCUUCUCAGUAAAGCAGACAGACUCCUGUGAAAUCAUGAGUAUUCACCUCAGGCAGGUCAUCACGUCAGAGCGGCUCCGCUGCCUGGUUAAUGGUAUUGCCGGCUGCACCAGGCAGGAAGUUGGAGGCUGGGCCGGUCUCGCGUUACUGGUGAUUUUAAACUGAUUGCGUAUGUGAGUGAUGUUUUAAAAUCCACUGGAGGGCAGCUCUCAAAUCAUGACGUAAUGGUUAUCAAAAUGAAACACGACAAAGUUUGGAGGAAACAAAGGACAGAUUGUUACCGUGCAUUAAUCAUGCUGCAUUGGGAGCCAUGGUGGUGCAGUGUUUCACAUAAUUCAAGUACUUUAGCAGGUUGCCUCUCUCAGUCUAAAGACAUGCAAGUCAGCUUUACCUGCGGCUCCUAAAAGCCUUUAGGUGUUUUUGUGUAUAACUGUGUUAACCCCUUUGACUCUUGGUUUUGUUGUCCUCACAUAUACGAAGAAAGUCUUGGAAGGCAUUUUUGAAAACUGAAGUUUUCAGUGAGCCAAAGCUUUGUUUGCAUGUAGACACAAGGUCAAAAAGCAGGGAGAAAACCAGUGUUUGCAAAAAUAUCCAAAUAUGUGAAAGAGGUUCAACAGUGGGUGGUUCUCUACAAGAGCAUGUAGAUAUUUAUUAAGGUUUAAUGUCACAUUUUUAACUUCAAUACGGUACCAACACUUUUAAUGUGUUAAUACAGGUAUCAAAACUUCUCAAAACAUUAAAAGAUCUAACCAUUAAAGAAUAUAAACACUAAAAAGCUCAUUUUAAUUUUUAUAACAUAGCUGGGUCAAGGUUUUGGGGGAAGUACUUUAGUUCUUAUACCAAAAGUGAGAAAUAACACCGGGAAGUAAAAUAUUUGCAUUGAUGGGAACUCAGUUUAAGAGAGGUGUGAAGAGGAACAGCACCUGUGUGCAUAAAACAGGUGCUGCUGAGCACUUGUUCCUCAUGUCUGAUUACCUUCCACAUUAAUUCGACAUACUGUAGAUGAGCAAAAUAUAAAGCUGUUGGUGCAAUAAUGACAGAAAAUCACUGAAAACUGUCUUAUUAGAAGUAGGAGAAUGUGUUUUGAUCAUGGCUUCGUUUAGUAUUCAUAUUACUGAAAAGUAACGGAUGCCAAAAGAGUAUCAAAGCAGCAUAAAUUCACGCCGGUAUCCCUGAUUUAUAACCCUUAGGCAAAAUUCUGUUCUGCUACAUUUUCAGACUAUUUUCCUGUAAUUCCCUAACUUUUCAGUUCAUCAAAUAAAUAUUUUAAUUUGUCAAAUAUUUCAGCUUUUGGUUAAAUAUUAACAAAAAUCAUGACAAACCCGUCAGGUUACACCUGUAUUUUAAAUAAGACAAAGAUGGUGAACUUGUUUCACUCUCUACCUGCUAAUUAUUGGCUUUCUAGCAUCGUCAUUGUUCGCUUGUUACAUGUUGAAAGCAUAGACUGUAAAAGAACGAAGCAGUGGACAAACUUUACAUGUAGUUAUUAUAAGACUGUUAUAAGACUGUAAGUUUGUGCUCAAGUCCUCUUUUUUCUGUGUUAUUAGGGGGUUUAUGUUUUCUAUGAUUGACACUUGAUAUAGCCUAUGGGCGUACAAAGAUUGCGUAGCUAACCCGGGGGAUACGCUGUUUGAGCCGAACGUCAUCACAGCGACUCUCCAGCCAAAUACGCUCAACGUUAUCGUGCAAGUGGUGGUUCCAGGAAGCGGAGAAAAUCCUGGAAAAACUGAGAGCAAUUCGCCUUCAAAUUCUUAUAAUGACGGAAGGCAAAACCAAGUUGUCCAUAGUAUAUACAGUCUAUGGUUAAAAGCAAUAGAAAGUGGUCUGCGUGAAUAAGAGAAGGUUCUGAGCCUGGUUAUAUAAUCAAAAAAGAAUUCAUAAGUGAUCAGAAACAAAGUCAGCACUAUUAAGCUCAACAAUGGUACGCAUGAACGGUAUGUGUAGCAGGAAUAAAGCACCUUCUUUCCUGGAAAAUACACACAUUAGUUAUUCCUGUAAUUGUGCUGUAAUGUUGCAGGGGGAAAAAAAACAUAUCAAACAGAAUUUCCAGGGGGAUUGCUGUGAAAGGAUCUCUGUACCUUCCGCUCGACCAAGCAUGAUCAAAAUAUGUUGAUCUGGCUGCAGAAAGCGUAAUUUGUCACUGGUGUAGAAGUCCAGCUUGAUUAAUACAACUUAUGCAACUGCAAACAUUUAAAUAUUCACAGCACUUGAAUACAUAUUUUAGAUUACGAGGAUAAUUUGAUUUAAGUUUUGUAAUUUGAUUAAAUGUUGCCAACAUUUCUCUGUGCCAAACGACCCCUGCUCCCAAGGGAGUUGCUGUAAACAAGGCUCAACUGAGUAUGAUAUCCGUCUCUGCGUCUAUCAUUAGCAUGUUUGUCAUUCUAUUUUCCCUACCGCGGUUAUAAACAUGCGUUCAUGAAUUUACUCAAUGCCCCCAUCACUCACUCCUUUAAUUAGAAAAUAAUCAGAGUUGGAUGAGAGGUUCAUUAAAUCUCAUCCUUGAGAGCCAUCAGCCACAAACACAGGAGUGGGAUAUUCAUCAGGCUUAUGAAAAGAACUCGGAUACCUCCUCUCGCUUUUGUUUUCUCUGCUGAGGGAAUGGAAUAUUAGCUAGAAGGGGCAGCAUCAACACACUCGGCCAGAGGAAUGAAGGAGUGAUGAAGCUAGAGGAAGGCAGGCGUUUUAAUAGAGAGACGCAAUAAAGAGCAAGAGUGGGAGGGAAGAACAGAAAGAGAGGGAGUCAGGGAAGAAGGAGGGGAAAAAGAGAGAGAGAGAGAGAUCAUUAGAGAAGUGCUAAUUAACAGAAACCACACUGUUUAGCAGCACUUUGUCUCCAUGCGUUAUCGAUCCUUCAUGACCAUUACAGAGCGGAUGUUUUUCGGGUGCAUUCUGCUUAGGCUUUCUCUUCCUUCCUACAAAACUUAAUAAAUCAACUCUGAAUCACCGUCAUACAGAGACCUUUUUCUCCACCGGUGUUUAACAGUCGAUUUGUGUUCAUAAACGCCAAAGCACAGCAACAGUCGACAUAUGGAGCAAGUCUUGACUAUCCUCUGUUGUGCUAUUAAAAGACAUGAUCCAUACUGAUCUGUAUUUUGAUACAAUGUGAAAGAGUUGGAUGUCCAUACUUAACCCUUGCAAACUUCUAGUUAACAUGAACAUCAUAAUCCCUUGACUGGUUUUCCAGGUUUCUUAAAUAGCUUGUUUCAAGACAUGGUCACAACCUGAUGUCUGGUUCUUAGCACCGUAACUGACAUAUACUAACAGAACUAAACGAGGAGCCAAGUAGGAGCCAGUAGCUCAUACUAUAAAGGCAUGUAAAGGUAAAGCUGUGUAAAAAGUAACACCCACAAACUGUGUCUAACUCUUUAUCAGUGGAAAAGUGUUCCAGGAAGCAUACAGAUUCUGCUGAAAGGUUUCAACGGAUUUCAGUAUGAGAUAAACACAAGUUUUUGGGCUGCAAUCAUGCAGAACAUGUCCCAGACUGACAUACGUGGAGGUCUGAAUGAGUAUAUUACUGUAGGCCAUAAGAAACUGCUUGGCAACAUCGGGCAAAUGUAGGGAAAGAAGAGGCAGAAACCUUGAGUAGAACCACAUUCAUUGGUGAGAGCCAUCAGAAAUGGCAUUAAUAAUGCAAUACAAUACAAUAGCUUUAUUUAUCCCUAAAAGGAAAGUCAUUUGUUUGAAUUCUCAGAUAAACUACAGAUAAACCAAGUUAUGAUCUGACCUGCCCAGUGAUGGUACAGCAGUAACUCUGUAAGGUUCUUUUACAUUUACAUACGGCAGAUCCAGGGUGGCUUGGUAGAAGUCUCCUGAUAUUAUAGCAGCAGUACCAUGGAGAACAUCACAUGGAACUUCAGCCGUUGCCUUGGGUGGAAUGUAAUCAAGUAUUGUUGAGAUAUGACUGAACUGCUUUGGAACAAAAUAAGACUGAAUGGCAACUGUUGACAGUUUAAUAUAUAGACAACACAACUUCUCAUUGACAGUUAUCUGUGAAGAGUUAAACCAGAGAGUCCAGACUUUGCUGCUACUUGGUUAAGCACAGGUCAUAGAAUCUAAAAUAGUAGUAAUAUGACUAAGUAUUAAAAACUAGGAUAAUGAUAGUAUAAAUGUGAUAGUGUGCCAAACCAGUAAGCAUGAGCUUCUGAGAGGAAAUAAAGUUGGUUGAAUCGGACAUGAACACUAAGAGAUGGAGAGAGGCAUAUACAGAGUCUUGGGAAACUAGUUUAAGAAAAAACUAGAAGGAAGUUCAAGUCGAGCCUGAGGCAACCCAACUCCAAGAUUUAUCAGUGAGGAAACACAUGACUCUACCCUUCAAAUAUAAAAGACAUAAAGGCUUGACCUCCCAUACUACUCUUGGAAACGUUAGCGAGUAAAAAUAGCUGCGCAGUCUUUAGAGGAGUCAGCUUUGUUGCAGAAAUGCCUGUAUGUGUAAUUGCAUAAUCAUGACGUUUACUCUGAGGCCUAGACUGUGAUACUUGUAAAGACGGACUGAUAGACUGGAGGGUGGUGUCAACAAGCAUUUUAAAGCCAGAGAGAAAAAGAGACACUGCAACAAAGAAAGAGAAAAGAGUGAUAGACGGGUGCUUAGAUAUCAUACGGUGUAACAUGGACAGUGAUGGACAGAUGUAGAGGAGCAGAUAGAUGAGUGGUGUGUAGAUGGAAAGAGAGUGAUAAGAGGGGUACAAGUGAGCAGGCAAGUUAUGUCGGCCGUCACCACGAGAUUGAAGAAUGUCUGUAAUAUCCCUUUAUUGUUAUGGUGCGUGUUACAGGGUUUGCUGUCGGACGUUGUGAUUCUUCAAAAGGCUUUAAGUGGAUUACAGCGGUAUCAGGCUCAGCCAUCAGAGAGAGAGAGAUACAGCAGCUGUGUUGUGCUGGGUCUCUGUCGCGCUGUCUGUCACCUCGCUGUCUCUCGCCGCAGCUUUCAUGCUGAUGUUUGAAGUCUAGACAGGACUACAUAUCACAGAAUAUGUGAUCGUAAUGACAUGGAGAUUACACUCAGAUCCUUAGUGUGCGUGCAGGACUAAUCAUUUAAGCUUCAGCGUAGCUUCAAUUUGUUCCCAUUUAUCUGACCUUUACGCCUGGUUAAUUAGAUCACAGCCUCUUUGAUAUACAUCUCCACUUUUGUGACUGUAUGACAUGUGGCACCUCCCGCAACGGAGGAGCCCAUUAUGAGAGAGACUUAGGGAGGUUAUGAUCCCUCUGCUUAGUGUUACCCACCUCUCUCCUGAAGUGGUACAAGCCGACUUUGAUCAAUGUGGAUCGAUGUGGAUGAGUGUGCAGCCGGAAGGCGCUACGUGGAGAAGGAAGAGGUGAUGGCCCUGUGCUCUGUCGCUAAGAGUGUGUGUGUGCGUGUAAGUGUGUGUGUGGGUAGGAAAGGAAAGAAUUAAGUCACACAGUGUCAUGCUUUCCUGCAUGAUGUAUCACUCUAACAAAAUAUAUCCUUAACCUACAAAUGACUCUAUCCAAGCCUCUGUUUUCUAUUCUUUCUGUCUCUUUUUCUCCCACUUUUACUCUCUAGUGCGGGUCUCUCUCUCUCUCUCUCUCUCUCUCUUUCUGUGGGAACAGGGCACAGUGCCAGCUGAACGGUCCUAGUUGCAGCGAUGGAGCUAAGGUCCUAAGGGAAGAAAACCUCAUUUGACUGCGCUGCAUUAAGGAGUGAAAAAAUGUAACCCCCCAGCGUGGAAAAUACAACAGAUCAAAAGAUUCUAUAUCAAAUAUAACAUCAUACAAGGGUUUGAAACACCAAACACAAAUUCAAUUUUCAUUAUUUUUUCUUGUUUUCUUUGUUGCCCUGAUUUUGUCAGAUCUCACUGUGAAUAACAAAGGCUUCAGUUUGAGGAUUUCCAGCUCCUCAGUGUUUGAGGAUACAAAGGAUCACUGUAUUUCCCUUUGUUUGCAGCUUUGACGGUUAGUUUUUAAAAGGAGAAGAGAGCUGUAGCUGGAGAAAAAACCUGGCCCUUUGCCUUGUUUUGAGUCCGUGUAUGAGCCUUCAGUAUGUCUGUAUAGUAUAUGUGUGUGUGUGUGUGUGUGUGCGCUUGCAGAGGGGGGUAUCAUCACUUUAUGGAGUAAUGAAUGCUAAUCCUCUCUUAUCUGCUUUAACCUCGAGGCAAUGACACUCGCUGCUGAUGCCAGUACAGUGACACCCUUCGUUGGAGGAGAAUAAGUGUGUGUGCGUGUGUCUGUGCAGACUGGCACCACCUUUUGAGUGAAAAGAAAUAAAGAUGUCUCUACUUGUGUCUGACAACUCGCUCUCAGUUUCCUCCGUCUCUGGGUUAGUUGGCGGCUUCAGGGUGUGGUCCGGUGAUUAACCGCCACGUCCCUCAUGACUCAUCAGAAAGCAGAAUAGAACAUUCCGGCCCUCUGACUCGGCUGCAUCUGAUCCUGACUCGUUUCAUCAGGAGUGCAGGAGCAGAAGAAAGUUGUCAUUCGAUACGAAACCCUCCGUGGAUCUUUGUAGAAGAGAGCAAUUCACAACCGCGCACAUGCAGUUGUAUGUGUGCAAGCGUUUUUGACGAUUGUGUCCGCUCACGCAGCGCCCUCCCUGCCUGUUGCCGGCAGCUUUUUCUUUUCUUGCCUUUUGUUUUUUGCUACAGUGUAGCUGCUAAAGAUCACAGCACAAACCAAAGGCAGCCGCCAGUCUGUGCCAGCUUUUGUUCAUUCACUGGGACAUCUUCAUUUCCUUCCAUUUUUUUUGUUCAGCUCCUGUCUCUGGCCUAGAAAACAACUGUUAAAAAGACUUUAUAAACACUUAUUUGCAUCAGCUGUAUGGCAAUCAAGGGAGAGUAAAAACAGAGGAAUAUGAAGAUGUGAAAAAAAGGCAGAUGAAAAAAAUUUAAGGUCCCCUCCCAGAAGCCAGAGUAGCCCAUAUAUCAGCAGAGUGAGCGUUACAAAGAUGGGCAGAAAAUAAUUAGGCCUAAAAGCUGUUGAAUCCUGUGUGCCUGUUCGCCAGUCUUCCAUUAAGGCUGCUUUAAUGGGUCUGCUCUCCUCUGGCUUAGUGAAUGGGAGAUAAAACUGAAAUAGACGAAACUUUUGAGAUUGUGAAUAUAGAGAAUGUUUCAGCUGAGAGAAGAAAAGAUGAAGCGAUGGAGGAUGGCGGAAGAGGGUUAAUUGAAAGAGAAAUGGAGAAGAAGGGCCACAUCUCAGGGGCUGUGGGGUGGCCUCUCUCUCUCUCUCUUCCUCUCUACCACUACUGUGUGAGUGUGUGUGUGCGUGCAUGAUCCCUUAAGAAUGUGUGUGUUUGUCUGUCCAAAGGGAGAUAGUGUUGUAGACCUAAUGAGAGCAGAGCUAAUUAGAGACUUUGCCUCGCACAGUUCUACAAUGACGUCCCCCAAAGGAGGCAGGACAACACUUUCCACCCUUUUCACACCCUCUGGAGUAAGAGGGCGAGCGACGCCGUACCGACGUUUGCAUUGGAACUAUUUUAAUCCUUCCUUUCAAGCUGAUUUUACAAGACCAGGCUACAUGACUGCAGCCAGGUCAGAGAAAAGAGCAAAGCGAGCGAAGAUGAAACGAACGCCCGGCUGCUGACUCGGUGACUUUGACAUUAUAUUUAAUCCCGUUACGAGUCACCAACCUUAUUUCCCAAAUGCUAAUGCUGACUUUUCUGACCACAGGGGAGUUGACUGUCAAAGCAGGCAGCAACAAAAACAUAUAAAUGAUUAAUCCACCCCCUUAGGGAGGCUAACGAUCACAUGAUAUACCUUUAUUCUGACUCUGAUUUGUAUUCUCUGUGCUCACCAUGCGGCAAACUCAGGUGUGGAAAAUGAAGCCGAGGCUGAAGUGCAAUAAUCUGCAGCUCCUUGAGUUUUCAAUUGAGGCUGGCUUCAAAAUCAAAAGAAGAAAUAUUAAAAUGUCCAUUUAUAGCAGAAUUUCACAUAUUUACAGCCUGGUAAAAAAAAAAUUGUUUUAGUCUCCAUAUCUGAUUUCUUGAUUUUUUAAAACUGUGUAGUAGGUGCAUGUUUUUAUUACCAUCCUCAGAUCACUUCUACGAUAUCAAUAUGGUCCAUCCAUUCAAUUAUUCCGUUCAAUCUAGUAAACGAAAAAUGGAAAAACGAGUCAGUAUUUUGUUUAUUUGUUUUUCUAUAUAACCAAAAAAUAAAAGAUAAGUGUUUGUUUUCGUAUUUUCAGUUCAAAAUAGAAUAUAUAAUAGAGACGGAAACGAAAACAAAAUAAUAAAUCUACUUUUCGUUUUCGGGUUAUUGAUGUCCCCAUUUCCCACAGUGCUUUUCUACUCUUCGCAAAUGCCAUUGGGCAACAAAGUAGUCAACAACGUGGAUCAAAAUCUCCAGGCCAGAGCGGUAGAGAAAGGCUAACCUGCUGUCAUGGAGAUGACGCACGUAUUAUUCAAAGCCGCCAGGAGGGUCACACUAAAGAAGCAGAUAUGACUGUAGAAAAAAUGACAACCAGAGCUCUGUUACAACAUGAGAUUUUCGUGCUCGAACCGCUCUGUUGCAUCUUUCGCCAUGGUAACUGUCGCUGAGGAUCAUGGGAGGGCUAAUGUAUCUUCCAUGCAUGUAUGCUCAAAACAGGCGCACUCAAAAUCAAUAACUGUAAACAGGAUGUAUUAUUUUGUUUUCAUUUCCCUCUCUAUUAUAUAUUCUGUUUUGAGCUGAAAAUAUAAAAACAAACACUUUUUUUUUUGGUUAUACAGAAAAACAAAUAAACUAAAUAUUGACUUGUUUUUCCAUUUUUCGUUUACUAGAUUGAAUGGAAUAAUUGAAUGGACGGAUAAUACAUGGACCCAAUAUGCAUGCUUUAAUCACCCUUUGGCUGAUGAGACAUUAUGGGCCUGUGUCCACUGACUGCAUGUUUUUGCUCUUCUUAUUUACAGUUUGGCGCAAAUUGAAAAAAUGCCCUUUGUGUCCUUUGUUUUGUUUUGCUAAACUCACAGCACUCUUUGUAACAUCAAAUAUGAAGCAUACAAAUGCCUGCACCAGUGAAAAGUGCUCUGGAAUUGAUGUUCUAUGUGCUGCCAGGAUGAAAACACAGUUAGUGGACACAGGCCCUAACAUGGCAUUUUUGUUUUUUGGUACUCACAUCAUCCCAGACUCUAGGAGCUUUGAAUGGGCUUUGUCUUCCACUAAUAUUCAACUCUAAUGGUAACCUGUCCGUAAAGAAAUAAGAGAUGCUGGACUCUUAAAUCUGUUUUUCUACUAAAACUAGAUACACAUGGACUACUUGAGCCAGUUCUCGGCCAGUACAUUAUGGUAGAUAGCAGACAAGUAUCCCCUUUUACUGGGGCCGAGUGCUGUAAGUAGUCAUGGCCACUAAUGAUUUUUCCCCAUCGUUAGCUUUCUCUGCUAACUAUUUUGUACCUGCGUCCGCUAAAAACAUGCUAGCACACUUUCAGACAGAGUACUUCUGGGGGCUGAAAUCUGUGUUUUAGCUAAUUGAGCCCCUGCAGCUAAAAGCUUGUGAAGGAGUCGGCAUCAUUCUCUGGACCUCUGGACCACUAGUGAUUUUAUGUGGACUCAUCAGCUGUGUUUUUUUUUCUAGUUUUAGUUCCAACUGAGACCACCUCAGACUCUCAUUGUGUCUUCUGUCCACAUAUAUCCUUAUCGUUGUCUCAAAGGCUUAUCCCUGUGCCAGUUAAAUGAGGUUUCAAGGCCAUUAACUGAUCCAGGCUAUUAUACUAACGCACCAGGGGUGUUCUAGAUUUGAUAAAUGAUUGGAAAGAGAUAAUGAGACUUAUAUGGACAUAGCAUUAGCGGUGGCACACAAGUGAAAGGCACGGAGAGGAGACAAAAAAGCACAGGAUGUUUUCAUCUCCUAAUUCGAAGAAAAAACAUGUUUGUCCCCGAGUUUACUUCCUAAUAUGUUGCAGAACAGUCCAGGGGUUUGCAGCUGGAAUGUAUUGCUCAGUAAAUUUGCCAUGUUAGUGUGUGUGUGUGUGUUGGGCAGUUUGGCAGCUACCUCAGUUCUGAGACAGGCCGUUCUUUGUGCUGUGUCUGAUGUAAUAAUUUGCCUGACGUCUGCUCGCCAACAAGAACCUCUGGUCAAGAAAACACAUGCCCCACUACAUUUAUCUGCGUGUGUGCGAUUGUGUAUUCUCAUCACAACCCUCGCCCAGACGAUGCUUUCUUGAUUGAUGCUCGUCUUCUAGGAGCUGGAGGGGGAGGCGGUGCCAACAGGACAGAAUUAAUAAUGCACAGGGGUUCGGGACGGUAGCUGUGCAGGCUUGAGCUCUACAGUUGUCACACUGGUCACGGUGUUCACUGUUUCACCGGCGUUCAGACGCAGCGUGAGCAGAAAGGGAGAAUGAGGAAAAGAUCAGGGGAUGCCGGAUUAUGCGUACUUAAAUUGGGCUGAAGCAUUCUGGAUGGGCAGAUUAAAGGAUCAUUCAGAAUCAGUGGAUGAUUACAAGAAUGAGCAUGCAGAAAUGUAUCGCGCCAUUCGACCCUCAGAGGAAGGAGAUAUCAGCCAGCAGAAGACACUGCAGAAUUCUCCAAAAAGAGACCGCUUUGAUUAAUAUUAAUAAGAGAAAAAGCACCUCACACCUGUUUCUCUCUCUCCCUCUCUCUCUCCCUCUCUAUAUCUGUUUUUUGCCUCUUUUCGUUCCUCUUCUUCUGUUCUUGUUUUUGUCUCUGCUGCUCGUCCGUGAGAUGAAUUCUGCCAUGGGUUCUAUUCUCUGGGUUUCCACAGACACAUCCUUCAGAGAGCCGCCAAACUACCACAGGCAACCAAUAAUACUGAGAGUUUGAGCUUUUGAUCGUCGUCCCACAGAAAACCACACAUUCUCAGACACACACACACUCAUAUACACACACAGUGGCUUCAUUAACAUGUGACCCAUGUGCUUUGACCAUCAGUCUGGCAGAAAUUGUUAUAGACCAGAUUUAACAGGACGUUCUUUACAUUUAUUACUCUGUGCUUUACAUUUGUCCAUUUCAGCAGCUGGGGUGGAGCAAAGGAAACGAUCCUGCUUGAUGCUUGAAAAAGUAAAAACAUUAACAGUAACGUUUGUAAAUGACUAAAAGACUUUAUUUUGGAAUUUUUUGGACGCAAAUAUUAAACAUUGUUCAAUCGUAUUUUUAGGAAAUACACUAAACUUCUGUUUUUAAAGCUAGUUGUCUGUGUAAGAAAAUAAAACUGGUCUAUACCACAGAAAGGUGCAAUAAUCUUCUCUCUGCUGGGGUCAGUAUUUCCUCCGACGCACCCAUCAUUCUUGAGGUUUAUAAUGCCUCUUCAGAAACCAGUAGGUGAAGCACCAAGACUUUGUUCAUGCUUUAUAGAUUACCGUAUUUUUCGGACUAUAAGGUGCUCUUAAAAUCCUAUAAGGUGUACCUUAUAAUCUAGUGCACCCUAUGUAUGAUUACUUAUUGUGCUUAGUGGCCGAUUUUAUGUGUUACAAUGCGCUUAAAAAUCUGUCGAAAUGUGUCAGUACGACUUUGGUAAGCAACCAAGCCGUUCCACUCAAUGGACACCCCGUAACAGGAUCCCUGAGCAGUCUACAAGACUGCCUGACUGUUAUGUCUGAACUAGAAGUGCAUUCAUGUAAGGCAGCCCGGACGCAAUUUUUUUUUUGUAGGACGGUAGGGGAAAGUCCCGCCUCCUUCACCUCUGAUUGGCUAGAAAAGCUGGAAAUGUCCUCACACACUCAAGCCAAACAUGGGCUGUCUGAUUUGUACAUCAAACAGAACAUUACGGAACAUUAUCGCACUUCUGAAUCUCCUAACCCUAACCCUAACAUGGCAGACGAUGACGUUUCACAGCCCUUAAAAAUAACCAAUCGGAGCCCAGCACUUCUAGCCAAUCAGAGGCAAAGGAGGGCGGCACCUUCCCCUACCAUCCUACAAAAAAAAAAAAAAAUCAGACAAAGAAUAAGCGCUAGCAACAAUAAACCAAUUAAUGCGCCAAUGCUUGAUGCACCUUAUAUCUGAUGCACCUCAUGUGUGAACGUAGACACGUUAAUUCAAAGUGCGCUGUAUAAUCCAGUGCGCCUUAUCGCCUGAAAAAAAAAUAAUGCUUACACUAACAGUGUUAUGAAAUUUAUUUAAUGAGGACUGAUGUGUGUCAAAAAUGGACCCAAAAAUGGACCUAAAACAAGCUAAAAGAAUCUAAAAUGUCUGUGAAAUUUAACACCUUUUCUUCACAUAACAAAUAAUCAUCUAAUUUUUUUAUCUGACUGGAAAUACCAAAAAAGAAAACUUAAAAAUAUGGUGUGGGGAUGAAAAAUAGAGGGUUAAAAAAAAAAACCUAGUACAGCCAGCUUUGGCUUACCGUUGUUCUUGUGGACGGCCUUGUUGAUGUGACCUUGUCAUGAAACGUUAUGUGCCGCUGAUUAAAGUGGUGUAGUUGGCGGGGUCAGGAACAGCCACACUAUUGACACCUAAGAUAGCCAUGAAAAUGCUUCAUAGGUAAUUGAGGUAACCCAAGGUUGUAGCAUGUUGGUGUGAUUUUGUAUGUGUGCACUGGUAUGUAUCUGCAGGAACUUGGAUUUUCUUCUUUUAUAUUGAAAAAGAACCAUCAGUUUCAUGUUUUCUUACAUAACAGUUUAUUAUUUCAUUCUAAAAAGGAGUAAAAGUAGGCUUGUGAAUGUCUGCAAUAUAUGUAUGUGCAUGCAAGUGUGUGUCGGGAGCAGAAAUAUGGCUGGAAGAUAUCUGGUGUAAUGAGGCCAAGGUGAUUUAUAAGUGCAGAAUGCUCCAUUUCCCCGGCACACACAUGCACACACACUUUACGAGUGCGACGAUGACAGCUGGUUCACUUUCUUUCAAUUGCUCUCCAAUUAAAUGCAAGAGAAACUGUGCUUUGCCACAGAAAACCCUGGUUAAAGCAAAUUGGUUGAAGUUUCUGAAUCUAUAUUUGGUGAUAAGACAUCUCUUUGUUGAGGCUGUUACAGCAGAAACCCACCAAGUCUUGCUUUAAUGUUUUCCUUUAACCUUCGACUGGAGAGGGAAUAUAAUUCGAUUGUUCCCCAAGUAUGGGACAGACUAGACCAGACAAGUCUAGACCAUACCCUGAAAGAAGGGUAAGGCAAUCAGCAUAGUCCGUCAGAGCCAGAUGCUCGUGGUCUCUUAGCAUAUUAGCGUCCCAGCGGAGGACUUGCAGACAGGUGAUAGCAGAACAGAGUCAACUCAGUGUCUUGUAGUCGUGCAGUGCAGCCAGAGGGAGCACUGCUUUGGAUCAGACAGGCUCACCAUUAACCUGUCCUGACACUGUUUAGACAGCAGAGACAACAGCAGAGGGAAGAGGCCGGGGAGAAGCCAGGACAUUAGCAUGGCAGGGAAUGACGGGUGUGGAGGGACUUCAGGCUCAGGCACGACUGAUCUGUACAUGGAAACAAAUUAUGGGGCUAUUGGUGAAAACACAGAAACAGGGCAGAGUCAAGGUGCUGACCUUUUUAGAUGCAGCUGAUAAAAUGCACAGAGGUAAAUCCUUAUUGCUGCAGGCGUAAUAAAAAGGAUUUAACCUUCACCUGAAUGAUUAUACUUUAAUGUUCUCCAGCCUGUUCGAACGCCUCAGUCAUCAAAUAUGGCAGUUUGGUCGAUGGCCCGCUGUGUGGAGCUUUCUGAAUGUUUGAAUGUCUGAAUGCAGAGGGAUGAUGGCGAUCAGAGGUGAGUGACAGGGCAAACUGCAGCAGGCGGUCACGUAGGAUUGUGAAUUCGAUCUCCAAGUAAAACCAAUGAUUUAUCUUGUGUCACUCAUGUAACGUGCUAGAAAACAUAAAUAGCAGAUGUCACUAUUUCAAAACUUUAACGAGGUUUUUCCUCAGACUAAUCAUCUAGUUUUCUGUUUGCUAGACAUUGCUUAUUGAUUAUUAGUAAUUAUAUUGCUUUAUCUUAAAAGUCUAAUCAGGACCUUCUGGGUAGAUCUUAAUGUUUUUAAGCCAAAGCGCUGCAUUUGAAGACAAGCUUCUCACAAGUCCUUAAAAAUUCUUGAAUUUAAAAUUGAUGGUUUUAAAAAGUUCUCAAGAGUUUUAUCUCUACUUUUAGAGGUGUCAUUUUUCGCUGGGACAUGUUUGAUUCAUGUCUAUAAUCGAUCAAAUAUAAUGCGAAAGGAUUGACAGCAGCUUAUCAUGUUUUCAUUCACAACCUCCAAACUGUAAAGAGAAGCAGGAGACUUUAUGAUGCGUUAGAGCUGGGUGAUAAACCGAAAAUUUACCAGUAUCAAAAUUUAAUAAUAACGUCAUUUUGCCCAUAUCGGAAUAUUCGGUGUCAAAAAAGGUAAAUAAAAGUUGGUUUUGGGUGUGUGUUGGUAGGCUAUGGUCUCAUGUCUUACAUCAGAGAUGUGACUCCACCCCAUCCAGUCUGUAACAAAGAGGGAAAGACAGGUAAGGAGAUGGAGGACGGUUCAAAAGUUGGAGCAGUGGCUUAAGUAGGCGAAGUUAAUGUAGGAGGGGGUGAGCAGCUUGUGGAGUAGUUAUCGUCCUUUAAUCGCUAUCGGGGUAAACUGCUCAAUAUAUUGUGAUAUUGAUUUGAGGCCAUAUCCCCCAGCCCUAUGAUGCGUGUUGUAGCACUGGUGGACUGGGCAUCACCGACUUUAACUUAUAAAUAAAGUUGGAAAUGACAACCUUUCUUAAGCUUAAUAAAAUGUGCACAUUUUUCCCCAACCCAAAAAAUGUUCAAUCCAAUUGACUAUGAUGGUAAUACAGACCAGAUAACUGUACUAGAAGUGAAUCCUGUUGGCAAAGGAGCAUUUCAACAUUGGCCCUAACGGGGAUUUUCGACUUCUGAAGUCACUCUCAAGUAGAUACUCAAAAAGCAUCGGCGUCAUCCGUCAAUGUCAAAGGUUGCCAUUUAUAACACAAAGGUGAUAUUGAUAUUGAUUGAAUCAUUAAAGCCACUUUGCUCCCAGUAAAAUGAGAAGGCCAAAUCCAUUUGAAGAAAUCACUCCCAAACAAAUAUUUUUCAUUUAUCGUAAUGUUGUCUUUAUUUUCCCUCCAGCUUUGCUGAAAGUGGAUCUCAAGGUAACAACAUUCAGUCUGCUGACUCAGCUCCCAAACAUUUUCUUCAUUGACUAGAGCGUAUUCUUCAGUUUGAUGCUCAUCAUGGUUUCAAAGGAUUGUAGGAGUAACAUUUUCAAAACACAGUGUAUUUUGAAAAUGUCAUCUCAUCUUAUAAAUAUUGCAGCCAACCCUUUCCUUAAAAUAGUUUGACAUAUUAAAAGCGCCAAAGAGUGUUUGAAACUUUUUAUUACCAGAAAUAAGAAGAAGUCAGCCACAUGGGGACACAUCUGGGUGUUCUUUCACCUAUAGGGUGACCAUACGUCCUCUUUUUGGGGGGCUGUCAGGCCUUUCCGUGGGGAGUAUAUAAAAUUCUUCAAAUGUCCGGGUUUUGUGUGGAAGAGUUAAAAGCAUGUAAAAAAAACACUCGACCCGACCCAAAAAACCCUCAAAAUUGUGCGCACGACUCCGCCCCGCAUAGUAGUGUCCUCUUUGUGAGGGUUCAGAAUAUGGUAACCCUUCUUUCACCCCCUAAAUUAAAUUUUUUUUAUAAACGGAUGAUUUUUUUUACACCACCAGCUGACACAAAGUGAAACUGGAUGACUGUGAAUUCAUUACGACUCACCUUUCUAGUCUUUUUUGGCUUUAACUCACCUAGUCAAAUAACCUAGCCUUCUACCCACUAAGUUCGUCUACCUUCACUUUUUUCCCAAUCAGGACUUUCACUGUGAAUCUUUGAAACUUUAGCUAAAAAAAAACACAUUUCAGUGAUUGACCCUCAACAAACCAAUUUACAUUUUAUUUUACUUAUGGGUCGGUGAAGAAAAUAAUGGCCAAAACCACUUUAAUACAGAGCUGCAGACAAAAACAGACUCUGCCCUCAAGAGUUAUUGAUGAAUUUGUUGUAAUGAAGAGCCCUGUAUUGUCACAGUUAAUCACACACACACACACACACACCAAACCCAGACACACACAGAGACACGGCUGGAGUUGACAUACUAGAGUCUAGUCACCCGGCGGGAAUGUGCCUUGAAAAUCAAAAGACAUUAGCCAAUUAGCGCUGAUCAAUAGUCGCAGCCACACAGGGAAGAGCCAGACUGGGAGCAUUGUUAAUGUGUGCCUCCAGGCCGAUCUGCUGGCUGGGACUACUACCGCUCUCAGCUUUCGACCAAUGAGAAUGCUGGAAGAACUCUUGACAUUCUCCUGCUCACCAAUGCAGAGUACCUUUCCCCGCUGUAUCCAGGCAGAUCAGGCUGCACGAGGGUGUAGAGAUGGAGAGAUAGAGUGAGGUGGAAGGAGAGGAAAGAAGGGAGGUGGGAGGAAUAAAAGGAGGGAGCCGGAGAGUGUAUGUGUUAGGCUGUGAAAGCAGGUGUCAUAGUGGGCCGCAGUGGGCAGCAGGUAAUCGCACUGAGAUAAGCACCAGCAUGACAGCCAACCCCUAAUUCCCCAUGGGAGGUGGUAGUGUGGCGUUGCCGCAGGGUUGGUCUCCCCAUCCUGUGGAAAUAGUUUUAUAUAAAGGAGGGAUGGAAAGUGAUAGAGAGAGGAUGAAUUUUGAUGGAAGGAAGAUAGAGGCAAGAGAAGAUGAAAGAGUGAGGGGAGUGCUUCUGCUCUGCACACAUACAUGUUCUCAUACAGAUCACAGCUUGGGAUGUAUAGGGGAUUGAGGUGGAAGGAGAAAGAUAUAGCAAAAAGGGGGGAGUAAAGACAGAGGAAGAGAUAUCUAAAAUAUUACACCCAUCCAGGGGGAGUGUUCAGCGGAGCAGGCAUUAUGAGAGUGUAAAUUGCAUUCCGUCUUUCUCCCCUUGGGCUGCCGGCUGCUGGGUGAAUAUAAUCACCCGCAGCAUAGAGGAGGACCUAGAAACACAGCGCGCCGCACACUGUCUGUGAACACUAGGAGAAUAUAGAUACAGUACCAUGAUGUGCGCUCAUGUCUGCUGUCACAGACGUCUCCAAUCACAUGUCGAUUCUCCAUCAGGUCCCCCUCUGUCUUUUUUUUGUUUUGUAGUGUCAGAAAUGAUGUAAGGCGUUGACACAUGGGUACUUUGUCUCAAUUUAGAGGGGAUCGAUAAUGAUUCGCUGGUGCGGUAAAACAUCAAGCGUCAGCCUCGAAGAUGGAGGAGGGCGUGGGGUCUUUGCCAAUUUUGAUUCCCAGAACACUUCCUCUUUAUGGGAAAAGUUAAAACAGAUAAGACUUGUCUUUUCUCCCUAAUUUUAUUUCAUAUCGCUGACACCAGGAUCUCUACUUGAUUGUUGAUCGCUGCUCUUUCUAACCUUCCUCCUGUGUUAGCUUUUACUACGCACCCAGCAUGUUCAGGGUCGGUUUCGACCCAUGUCUUAAAUCUGCUGCAAAUUACACUAAAAGCAAUUCUCUGUCAACCAAUUUGGUUCUCAUCGCUAGGUUACCUUGUUAGGCUUCAUUAUAAAUGAAAAUAUUGCUUAUAAUACUUUUUGUUGUGGGCCUCUGGGUCUUUCUUUGUCAGCAUACCCCUCAUAAAGACAUCCAUACUGAGCUGAUCUCAUAUGUCUGGACAUGCCCAACGUUCUUUUUACGUGCCCCAUAUAGGCGACUCAAAAUUUCCCAUAUAGCAUUGCAAAAUGUAGUGAUCAUUUGAUCGUCACUCACCGGUGGUGGGCAUCAUGCAUUGCGUCUCCAGCGGCAACGUCAAAACGGUAGUGUUCGAAACCUCCGGUGAUUGAGCUCACGACAUAGUCAGCUAUAUAGUGAAACCCCAUAUGGGGGUUAGGGGUUAGGGAUUGAGUGAUUCAUUUCGGACACAGGCAUGGCAAAAUGAGAAUUUCCUAAAUUUCACAUGAUCAGAAGAGGAUCUGACUGUCAGUGUGAUGCCUGUCAGUGCACUUAUGAUUUCAGUUUUUGCUCUAAUUAUUAGAUAUUGAUCUAACCGGGUCAACAGUGACCCUAACACAACAGGUGCCAUAAUUUUAAUAAGAGCAUUUUAUAAUUUAGUCAAUUUGAUUUUUAUUUAUUUUUUAUUUUAUUGACAUAGAGGCUCCUACAAAGUCGUAAAGUCUUGAUGCAAAAAAGCUUAUUUAAGUGGUUCUUUUGAACAUUUAAAAUCAAAAACGGGUCGGCACAGACCCUAGUACUGGAAGGGGGGGUUUACAGCUUUUUAUUUAUACGUACUAAGAUGGAGGCGGCUGAAUGUGUGCAGCAAUUGACUCCCAAACAAAUCUCUGACAAUUACAUUAUUUUAUUAUAUCUCAAGAAAAUUUAAGGUGUCCCAAUUUAUCUUUUACAGUAGUUUACUGUAUUAAAUUAUACUGCACUGCAUAGUUCAUCUAAAACUGUGUUGUAUCAAACAGAAUUAAGGGAUUAAUACAAUUCUUAUUCUUAUAAUCCUAUUGUAUUGUAUUGUUUUAAAUCAGAUUGAACUAAACUUUACUGCCCAAUAUGGUAUCUUACUGUUUGUAUUGUCUCAUAUCAUAUUUGAUCAUGUGGUGCCUUAUACCAUUGCUGCGUACCUUAAUGUACUAUAUUGUGACACAGUUUGGUGAAGUUGAAUUGUCUGCCUGUUGAUAGGUUAUUUAAUCAUGAGAAGAAUCAGUCUGCAGCUGAUAUUAAUCAGUGUUUCAUCUUUAAAGCAUUUUACGGCCAGAAAAUCAGGCUUUAUUUAUUCUUUUUUUAUUCCAAAAUUCUUAAAUGUGAAGAUUUUAUUUCUUCUUCUUCUCUCUGACUCAUGUGAUAAAAAAGUGAUUAUCUUCGGGUUUCCACAGUUUUUCACAGAAGACACGCAUUUUGAGGAAUCUUCUAGAAUUUAUAGAUCAAAUUUUAAUGAGUUAAUCAAGUAAAAUAAUUACUAGAUUGAAUAAUUGCCAGAUUGGAUAAUGAGAAGUGUCCGUGUCAUUACUGAGACAGUGCAUCAUCGUCUCUUUUGCUCUGUGUGUUACACUCAAGCAGAGGCAGAUAGACGUGCUAAUCCUCUUUAUCUCAGCUCUCAAAGCUAAUUUGGCUCUCAAUGGGGACCUUCAGAAAAGAGGGGAAGGUAGCAAGGGGGGGAAACAUCAGCUCUGAUCCAUCUUCUUCAUGAUAUACUCAGUGGCAGGCCCAGAUGUCAGGGAUGUUAGGUCAGCGCCCGCUAAAUGGGAGGGCAGCAACCCGAGUCAAGGCUCAUUACUUCUUUACAUUAGGCAACAGUUGAGGGGAACGCUUUUCUAAUUUGCCUCUCUCCUUCCUCCUUAUCUCCUCCUUAUCUCCUCCUACUUCCUCCCCCUCAUCCUCCUCCUCCUCCUCCUCUCAGGGCCGCUGCUCCAGGGAGAACUGUAAGUACCUGCAUCCUCCUCCCCACCUAAAAACCCAGUUGGAGAUCAAUGGCAGGAACAACCUCAUCCAGCAGAAAAACAUGGCCAUGCUUGCCCAGCAGAUGCAGCUCGCCAACGCCAUGAUGCCCGGCACACAGCUGCAGCCAGUGGUGAGAGACGCAUCUGACAACACACAAAUAAACCUCUACAAAUGACCCUUGUUAUCUGUGUGUACAUGUGGUACAAACACAUGUUUUUUCAGGGUACAUACAUCAGGGUUUUCAUAAAGUUCUUCUCCAAGAAAAGCAAUAUCCACCUGAUGUGACUCUUGGAGACUCUUUUGUUAUUUGCUGAACCAUAUGGCUUCAAUUUGGAGAGAUUAGAGUCAUUGUGGCGCUCAGAAAAAAAAUGUUUAUUGCCAUAAAUCGAACAUGACCUGAAAUUGUGACCGUGCCUACUUACCGCGCUCGCAGUAAAUGACAACUACUUUGGAAAAAGGACUCAGACUGAAAUAUUCUCUGAGUACGUGCUCGAAUAUUUUGUAGGUCGAAUGAUAAACAUUGUAAUGUUAAUGGGAUUUCUUCUUUGAACUCUGAACUCCUGCUGAAAAUAUGUUUCGCGGUUGAAUCUCUGGUUCUUGAGCGCCUGUAACAUGUUUGAUGGAAAGCUUUCAUCAAAGGUGAGGAGGUCACUUAUUCCAGUUAAUCAUUUGGCUUUUUCUUUUAAACAUCCAAACUGAAAACAAAUCAGUCUUCUCCCAGAGUAUGGACAGGAAAUGGUGUAAUUGGGCAGUUCAGUUCAGUCUUGACCCAAAUAAAGGGAACUGCUCAGUGUGCAGCCCGAUAGGGAGUCGUGGGAUUUGACUGAUGAGCUUCAGAAAAAGAUCCAGAUUUAAGUUUUAGUCAGUUUGAGUUCAUCUUUGGCUGAAACUUAUAAAACUUGUAGCCUAGAAGUUACAUGGUUGAUCAAUGGAUUAUUUUUUUUUUUUUCACAAAAACAUGAAUAAAAUAUUCCCUCAGAUUCUCUCAGACGUAUAGAGGCCAUCUUCAAAAGCAUCAGAAUUAUUUGACGACGAAAUAAAAUCCAAACAUACUUCAACUGUUAAGUAAGGGGUCUUUCUCACCCAAAGUCUGCUUCGAAGGUCCAGAUCAGGGACCAAAUGUUUACAUUGUUGGAUUUUGCAUUUGGUCCGGAUAGCGUUUACAUGGUACUUUUGCCAAACGGACCUAAUGGUUGAAAAAGAGGGAAAACUACGAGGGAAAAUCACUGUCUGUCACCUGCUCAUUUGGGGCACAAUCUUCAUCAGGGUGACCAUUUCACACGCAUUUGGGACUAAAAAUAGAUGUAUGCGAAUAGUAAAAUGUAUUUAGGGGCACAUAUGCGCAUAAAAAAAUCAGCCGAGGCAACAAAAGUUUAUUCAUGUAAAUACUGCGGUGAAGUUAGUUUAGGAUGGGAUAUUCGUCGGACAUUCACUGCGGAUCAACUGGUGUCUUCUCACUCUCGAUAAAUCUACUCGGCACCCUUGCUGUCAAGUCGGGUGUUAAAUAAGGGACCGUCAAUAAAUUACCGGUUAAUGUUCUCAAAAAAGGCUGUUUUCCUUCAAUAGCUUCCAUGUCAGGUGACCAAUUGACAAUCAAAUAAUAGUACUAAGGUCGGACUAAAAGACACACCUCUUUAUUUCCCUAAUUUGCCCUCUAAACAUUUUUAGUCUUAAAUUUAAAGGCAGGCGUCUUGCUUCACGCAAUUCACCAGAGAUGGUGGAGACGUUGUGCUGGGAGACGACGGGCACAGUCUGGUGUUUUGACCGUCUGUUUUCCAUCUGCUGUAACCUCUGGUUGGGCAUAAUUUCCUGGCUUUAUUAUAGUGUAAAUGUGUUAUUAGUUUAUACUGACAUAUAAAAAGUCCAGCUGCAUCUGCGCUGCGUUCACACCCGCCGUAGACCGGAUCAUGGUUCAUUUGGAAAGGGGCUGUUCCUGCAUUUUUAAGAAGACCAUGGUCCGUUUGUUUGAUCCGGACCACAGUUCGCUUGCACAUUUGUACCACCUGGACCAAAGGAGUAAGGGGACCAUGGUCCUUUUACAACAAACCGAACAGUCCUGAUAUGAAUGUGCCCUAAAAUCAAGACCCAAAACCAAGAUUAGAUUUAAUCUGAUCUCAUCUAAAUCCACCAUCAAACGUAUUAAGAGAGUUACAGCAGUAAGGAGAGCUCUUUUAAAGGCUCAGUGACUGGAAGAGGAACAGACUGAAAGUGAUACCGAUGCCUCUUUUUGACCUUAAAAAGCAGAACUGCUGCAGGGUAGAGUUGUUGUCUGAAACGACUACUUUCACAUGUACAUAACCAGAUAUACAAAUAUCCCUUUGUCCUUACGAGGCGCCAACGCCAGCACAAAGCAAAAGUUCCUGUCAGGAGCUUUAACAUGCAGACAUAUGCACGCUAACUCAUGCAUGAGAACACAAACACGUGCAGGGGUCACUUGGUGACUGCAGCAUGCUCUGCAGAUCUUCAAGGUGAUGUUAGGAGCUGCACUCAGUCACUUUUAAUGAAUCCUCCCAGUCUGCUCUACGAGACCCCACAGAGUCAAUGAGACCCAUCAGUCAGGCUCCAAGCCAUUCCUCUGUCUUCUCCUCUGUUCCUUUAUGUUUUAAGAGAGCGCACUGGAGUGAAUUUGUCUUCCACUAUUCAAAAAAGCUUCAGUCGCCGCACGCACGCAUGCACGCGCACACUCUGCCGUGGGUUAUCACCCUUAUCUGGGAGGGACGAGGAGGCUGAGUCGAGAGGCCCAUUGAGAGGAACAGAAGAAAAAAAAACUUGAAAGUGUUUAAAAGAAGCAAUAGAUCUCCCUGGGACUGCAAAGCUUUCCCUUUUCUGUUUAUGUCAUGGGGAGAGAGAGAGAAGAGGAGGGGCGAGGAAGAGGAAGACAGGCUGACAGAGAAGGACACAGCAGAAGAAGAAAGGGAAUGCUGAGUGAAGCAGGAGGAGAUAAAUGGGCAGAGUAAAGACAGGUAGGUAAAGUGAAGGAGAUAGGGCGACGGUAAAGUGAGAAGAGAUGGCUUUAGACCUGUUUCAGUUUGAGGAAAGCCUGUGUGCAAAGAGAACAGAGUAAAACACCUUUUUCUAAAAAAUCCAACUUCCUCCUCCUGCCCUCCCUGGUGUGCAAAGCUAAGUUUCCUGCCCUCAUACUCAGUAGCUUUAACACUUUUUAUCCGUUCCCUCCCUCUUUAUUUUUCUGGUCUAUACCUGCUCUCCUUCCAUCCAUGUGUGUAGGAGAGUGCUUCCAUUUCACGCAUGAACCUGUGCAGAGGCUGGAGUAAUUAGGGUCCAUUACAGCCCGCUGUGAGUGAUGGUGCUCAUGAUGCUUUUUAUUACAGAGUCAACGUCAGUGAAUGGGCAACAUUACAAUUAUCACUCUGUAUCACUCACUCGCUCACUCACUGAGAGAAAUCCACCAGGGGAAACUUGGUCCACUUGUUUGAUGCCGUCAGAGAACGAAAAUAAGUGAAAUACAACCAUGAAAGCCACCGGGGAAGGGCUUUCCAAGAGCCGUCUUACUUCUGUAAUUAGAUGUAUUUCCAUGUUUGGGUUGGGAGUAGGUCUAGUGUUUAAAAGUUCUGGCACAAAAACAAAACAAAGCCCAGACUGUUCUCAGUGUAGCUGAUGUAGCACUCCAACCAUCUGAGGAUAAGAGGGAGUAUAAUGCUUUUAUUGUCAUUGCAAAAACGGACCAAAAAAAAGUGUCUUGAUUCGUUCUGGUUUGAGUUACUGGUUAAUAAGUAGAGUUCUCUACUUCUGUUGUAACUUUAAAACGUUUUUAUUUGCUUGUUCUGCUGUUGUCUUUAAAAAACCCUCAGUUUAGCCUCUAUAUGGUACAAGUGAGAUCACAUACUGUCUCUUUAGGGCCCCCUCCUUAAAAGACCACUAUCUUCCGACUGGACAGCUCAUAUAAACUAAGGGAUUGGGAGCAGGGCCUUGUUCAGCUGUUUCUCGGGCACAUGACCUCAAAGCAACCUACAAAAAGACAGAGGGGGAAAAAAAAUGAAGCCACUGCAGAAGUAAAAAACAUAAACGCUGCAGCUCUUAAGUAUCCCCAUUAACAUUAACAUGGACAUGUUAAGAUGUCCAUAUAAACAGAAUUUUCAGCCGAGGACUUGAAGAGCUGUUCUGCUCUCAUUGGUCUGUUUCUUUACGUAUCCACAGUGAUUUUUUUAAACUCAUUUGUAUUGUUCACAUAAAUGACAUCAAGGUAGGGUGACCAUGUUCUGAAUGCCCAAAAAGAGGACACGACCACGUGGGGCGGAGUCACAGAGUCGCGCGUGGUAAAUUUUGAGAGUUUUUCAGGUCGGCUCAAGCGUUUUUUGUGUGAUUCUAACUCAGUGACUCCACGCGACACAAACUCAAAACGUCCAUACAAAACCCUGGACAUUUGAAGGAUUUUAUAAACAGCAAGGGUUUUUGUAGUUUUGACACUCAUGGUUUCAUCAGAUAUUCAUCCUUUGCUACUCCACAUAAAUUAUAGUUACCUUUUGAAUUAUUAGUGUUUUAAAAUCACGCAUUAUGACGAGCUUGCGAAUAAAGCUAUAGCUAUUGAUAGCUACACUGAUGUCAGACUGCUAUUGCUAACAACAGCUAAACGUUACAACAGCAGGCAUCAGCCAUUUUCGAAUUUGCCUACUAUACUAGCAGUACGUACUGAUUUGCCCAAAAAGUAGUAUGCAGUGGGCGAAUUCGAAAACGGCCUGUGUUUUCUGACUUGUUUACCGGUAUUGUCGCAUCAGCCUACGAUACAGCCAGCAAGCAGCAAGGCAUGAUGAUGUUGCGGGAAUCGAGUGGCAUCGUCUGCUACUAUACUAGCAGUACAUACUUAUUUGCCCAAAAUUUAGUAUGCAGUAUGCAGUGGCCAACUUGAAAAAGACUUAUUUUUCUUGCUUUUUUACCAGUAUUAUUGCAUCAGCCUACAAUACAGCCAGCAAGCAGCUAGGCAUGAUGACGUUGCGGGAAUCAGGUGGUGUCUUGUAGAAGGGGUAGACAACGGGGUAAGACAGAGGGAAAGGGGAUAGAGUAACAAUUGGGCUUGGCCCUUAAGUUCCUGUUAAAGAGCUUUUAAAUUUGUGUCAACUUUGGCACCCCCUAUUGACAGUCUUUGCUUAUUUUAUCUCCUUUUUUUUAUUUCAAGUGCAUCAUUAGUUGUGGGUAUGUAUGUCGAAAUUUUAAAAACAAGGUUGUUUAUCAGCUGCUUUGCUGACACCCACCCCCUAACACCAGUUUUUGGCAUCAACAAUUAGGAUAUAAAAAUCUUCGACCUUGCUGCCGAUGGGUUUGUUUUGUUUUGGAUAUCAUAAAAAAGCUCCAUCAUGAAUUUCAGUCUGUUCCAUUCAUGUCAAAAAACUCUGCACAGGAGCUUUAAACCCAACAUUUUCAUUUACAGUGAGGUCAGAACAUUAGGAUUUCUAUCUACACUGUGAACACGCAGAAAACAACAUCAGCACUUGUGUGAGGCCUUCAGCUUUUACCUGAAGCUUCACUUUUCCUGUUCGGAAUUAAAAACCAUUGUUACAGAGUUUAGACCAAUCAGAAUGAAUUAUUUAACACAGCUGGGUAAUAAUUUCGAAUAACAGACGAUCAUUUGACAUCUUUCUAGUAAAUUAGUCUUCACAGCAUGACAUUGUAACACGGCUCUGCUAGAUCUCCAUCUCUUUUGAUCUAUUUUUCAAAGUCUAAUAAAGAGAGUGGAAGACAUGUGCUGCAGUUUUCUGCUGUUGCAUAAAAUAGUCAUGUAGAAAAAUUACCACUGAUAUUUGCAUCCAGCGUGCGAUCUCCAUUUGAAUAAUCUGCACGUGCGUUCGCAGGCACAUUUGCUAUGAUCUGCUCAUGUGACUUUGAUUCAGAGGAUGUAAGGAGAAAAAUGUCCGACAUCAAGGCUGCACGGGUACGGCAUCGCUGCUGCAAUACAAAGUGCUGACAGAAGGCAUGCAGUGAGAGAUUGUUCUGUUCCUACUGUGUAAACAUGCUCAAUUUCACAUAAUUGUUUUCAAUUCAUUGCAACUUUGAUUUAUAGCUGAAAUCCACACGACGUAGCGUUAUAGGGAACCAUUCGGCGCUAAGUGGAGAGACAUUCCCGAAAAGGUCAUUAAAAGGAUCACAAAUUUUUGCAGGGUGACAUCACCGCGUAGUUCGACCUCGUGACUGUGAGACUUUGUAUGUGACAUCAUACCAACCUUGAGACGAGUAAAUCCCAUUCAGAUUUUUAAGCAUCCUAGAGGGACAGAUUUACUUUUCCAGACUUGGUGACAGGACAUAAUUCUUCCUCCAGGGGGCAGGGAGUCCACGCCAUUCUUUCUUCCAGAUUUUUCUGAGUCAUCCCAGAGCAGUGAAGAGUUUUUAUUUUUUGAGGGAUGUAGCCGUCCGGCUCUGCUGCUCUAUUACUCACAUUGUCGUGCUGGCAGGGACUCAAGAGACAAUCCUCAGACUGGGCCUGAGGUGAGGAACGUGCAGGGAAAACUUACAGCGCAAUACGUCAGCUAACAUACUCCUUCGCCUCUCUCAUGGGAAGUUUUCCCUCUCAGCCCUUGGUGAAGCACAUAUAGAUGAUAUAUUUUUUUCAACAGUUAAGCCCCCUGCCCUCCCUCUUUCUUUGCUCACACAGCUUGACGUCCCUCAUCCUUAUUACUCCUAUAUGUGUGUGAUCUCUAGUGUGUGAAGCGUGUGAUUCAAUCGGAGCCGUGGGGAGUGGGUGACACAGCAUACAGAGUGGAGACCUCUUUUAUGUGUUAUGUCAAAUGAAAGACAAGCAGCCAUCAAAGACUCAUUGUGUCUCCUCUGGUGUAAGCUCAUUAAUUGUGUACUUUUUGUUCUUUUUCCCUGCACAUCUCCGGCUCACCGUCUCUAUCCACUACUCUGCUUCUUAUAAUUACACACAUCUCUUAUUUUACUGUCUUCUGAUAUAGCUCUCCAGUGGGAUUCUUGAGAAGGAGAAGGAAGGAAUUAUACUUAUUGUUAUCAAAUUUGCAAAAAAAGAACAUUCUGAAUUAACUAUUUUUCAUUAUUCUUCUCUCUGUCAUGUACCCACAGCCCAUGUUUUCAGUCACACCCAGCCUUGCAACCAACGUCAACGCCGCUGCUGCAGCAGCCGCUGCGUUUAACCCCUACCUUGGCCCUGUGUCGCCCGGCCUGAUGCCAGCUGACAUCUUGCCCAGCGCCCCUGUAUUGGUCACCAGCAACCCCAGCGUCCCAGUACCGGCUGCUGCUGCUGCCGCUGCACAGAAACUCAUGAGGACGGACAGACUGGAGGUGAGAAACACAUGUUUACCAAAGAUGGGUAAUGUGAGUCUGGCUCCUCCUACUGCAGCCAAAACACCACCAGAUUAGAUGUGCUGGUUACGUUUUAGAGUCUAUGCAGUGUGGACCAGCUGGUGGGGUUGUGGUGCUGCUCCUUCAACUGACGAAAACACACAUUAAACCUCAAAAAUCCUUCAAGGUCAACCCAAUCCACAGCUGAAAUGCUUCAUGUGUGAUUUAUGAGGAGUUCAAUCACUCCUAUGAUGGUGUUCCUGAUGUUUCUCCUCUACAAUGCUAACCAGUAGUGAUGGGCACAGCAGUUCUUUUAGAUGUACUGAAUCACUAGAAUCAGUUCACUAAAAUGAUUCACUCAAAAGAUUCGUUCACCGAAUCACCAAAUCAUUCAGCGCUUGGCGGGAGGAGCCUGUGACUCCAACCUCCUGAACUGAUACACAGCUGAAUGUUCAGGAUUCAGUUCAAUUCAAAGCUUCUGGGACCAGGAGACGAGAAUGUUUUGGCUGUGUUGAACUUUUUUAUAAGUCAUGAUGUUUUCAGUGUACUGUCCUAUGUAUGCUAUUUAUCAGGUUUAAAUUGGGCUCAGUGAAUGAUUUGAAUGAUGAAUGAUUUGUUCACUGAACUUUUAGAAGAAUUCAAACUGAACAUGCGCAGUUCCCUCACAAACCGCUGCAAUGAUACGAUGCUGCAGGUUUUGUGCACUACCUCGUAACAUGCUGUGUCCUAUUGUAUGCAAGUUGUUGUGGUGGCAAUUUAGCAGUUAAAAAAAGGGUAGUUUUGUCCAACAAAAAUAAUUCCGGAGAGUUUAGUUCAAUGCUGCGUGCUAUAGCAGCUGCGCUUCUGACAGCUCAACUGAAGUAAGAAACGAACGAAUCACUAGAGGAAGUGAUUCGGUUAAGUACGUUCACUUAAAAGAUUCGGUUCUUUUGAACGAAUCGUUCGCGAACGACACAACACUACUAACCAGGUGCACACUGUUCUGUCAAAGCUGCUGUUGAUAAUGCUGCUUAUCGCAACAACAAAAAAAUUUAGAAAAAAAGAGAGCAAAUUUAACACUUUCAACCACAUCAGCAUGUUAAGAAUGAACUGAAAAGACAAUUCUCUGAUGUGUAUUUUUUGACUUUGAAGUUUGACCCAUGUCCCAUCUGUUAACAUGGAGGAGGGGAAGUUUAUGACGUAUACUGUUGCCGGGAGCUCCAAAUGUUUCAUGCACAAAGUAGAAGGUGAAACCUUUUAAAAAAAAAGACAUCAGAGAUUAAAGAAAUUCCCAUGAAAAUAUUUACACUUUUAAGUCAGUCAGGGAUUAAAAGAUAGCUCGACAAAAGACUAACAAACGCUGCACAUGGAGGGGAUCUUUUCCCCCAGCUUUGUAAACAUAAAGGGCUUUAGAAAGUGGGCUCUGUCUGUUUGAAUAUUAAAGGCACGGGGGCUGAGAAAGUCCUGCCUCAACUGAUUCUGUUUGUCGACUUUAAUUAUGUAUCUAGUACACAGUUUCUGUAACAGUAACUACAUCCCAUUACCAUAUUACAGCCAUUACCCAGACUUAAGCAAAGAGACACAGAUGUUAAUGAGAGUAUCUCUCUGCAAACAUCCCCGAUGUCGAUUCUACGUCCCAUCAGCAGACAGGAGGCAGUUUUGUUUGCCAGAAAACUUAACUUAUGCCGUACAUUCAGGGAAAAAAAAUCUUUAAUUCUCCCAUGAAAGCAAUCAGUCAUGCGAAACCUGAUGACCACCACCGCUCCUCUCGCUGUGUCCAGAUAAUCAUUAAUUGGACAGUAAGUCAAUUUCAUCCAUUAUGCAGCCCCGCCCGGGAAACGCUCCCAGCCAAAUAAUGGGGAAAUCGUUGAAGAGACGCCAGCAUGAUAGGGAAGUUCACCUGAAACAUAAAGUGGGGUAACUGGCUAAUUGAUGGUGGAAAAGAGGAGGAGUGAGUGUGUUGAAUGAGUGGAUGACACAAAUAGAGCAGGAGUGGAGGGUCAAUGACAGGAAAAAGAGAUAGGAGGUGAGGAAGGGAAUCAAUUGGUGGACCUCUUGUGGUCUUUGAGGUGAGAAAGAGGGAGAGAAACCAACGAGUUUUGAUUGAAUUUCAUGGAGGAGUCGUGACUGCAGAGAGGAAGGAGAAGAGGGAGAAGAGGAGCAUGCAGGUCUUCACUCAGAGUGAAAUGAUCUGCUGGCAAUGGAUUUAAUGCGUUCUGCACCAAAGUCCAGUAAACACACAAGCAGAUAUGAAAUAUUUAUUAGCCAAAUGCAAUAAUUGGCGGUUGUGGGAAAAUCUGCUCAUUUUUGAUGGUUUUCUCCCUCAAGAAACUCGAGCUCAGUGGUCACUUCAUCCUUCAGCCACUGUGCCCCAGCUUGUUUUUUUUUUAUUUUUAAUCCAGAGACUUUAUACACUCGCCUCAUUCGUCAGGAACUGGGUUCGCCAAAAAUAUCUUCAAGUAAAGGGCCGGCCGUAUUUUAAGUCUCUCUUGUGUGUCGUUCAGAAUAAACAUAGCUGGAAUUCAGCAGGCCGACACACAUACCAGCCGUUAGAUAUGUUACAGGCUAUUUCCUGGAAGCAGAGAGAAAUUCCUAUUUUAGAAGACAACUCUCCCCUGAAAUAUUUCCCCGCCUCCAUCUCUUAUCGAGCUUUACUGCAGAGUUUGAGCGUGCAUAAAAUCAUAUGUUGCUUACCUGCAACCAUGGUGAUGUAAAUGGCCCAGAGGGAUGGUUACCAUGGGAAUGGAAAUAUGAUUAACAGGCCCCUUUAUUUGUUUGUUCAACUAAGCAGUUUCACUGAGUUAGCUCUCUCUAAUGCAUGAUUAAACACCACUCCGAAAAAAAAAACAAAAAAAAAACACGCACACCUGGCGGAGAGGACGUCACUUUGCCUCCAUUAAGUCUUCCCUCGCUGUGCUAAUUUCGUUUCCAUGCCACGCACACACACACACACUCACACUCGAUCCCCUAAAGACUCUCACUGUGUCUCCUUGAUCCCCAUCUCUCUGUCCUUUACUCUUUAUUUAUCAACCAGCCUUACAUUUCCCUCUCUCUCCCUUGUUUCCACUCUCCCUCCCUCCCUUACCCACCUCCCCAACAUCUGCCUGACAACAAGGCAGUGUCUCCCUCUCUCUCUUUCUCUCUCUCUCUCUCUCUUUUUUCAAAAAGACCAGGAGCAGCAGUGGUGGAGAAUUUAUGUCUGUGUGUAGGUGAUGAUUCAUGUGUGAACAUUAGAGUGUGUGAGAGAGAUACAUAUGAGAAAUAAGGAGACAGACUGGAGGGAGAAUCCUUCCUCCUCUGCCACCGCUCACGUAAAGGUGAUUGUGGAUGAUGAGCCGUCAUGACAGCAGACAGAGCAGGGUUAGUUUGGAGAUCUCGGCGAUGGUGGCCUUUUGUCUAGCAGCUGUUCCACCUGCAAAUCAAAUCCUUUAUGCAUGCAGACAGUGAGGCCGGUAAACAGACAUUUGGCGAAUGGCUUGUUCUAUCACAAUAACUGAUAGAUCGAUACGCUGUAGCAUGAAAUUACAUUUCAUUUGGAGGAGGAUGGGUUCAUGAAUGAGACUCAGCGGCGGCUGACAGCGCUUAAAUGGACAUCUUAAGUUAUUGCACAGCUCCUUAAGUGUCAAAAUUUAAUUCUGAGGAAAAAUGCAGCCUCAUAAUUUGAAGUGCGCCCACCUUAUGUCUGUGUUUGUGUUUGUGUGUGUGUGUGUGUGUCUUGUGUGUUGGUUUGUGAUUACGUCAGCGGCAGCCUCUCCGGAGGGUAACCAGCCUCUAUAUUUCCCAUGAGCCUCAUUGAGCCCUCACAUUCAGGCAGAGGCAAUCAGUUUCCCAGCUGCUCAUGCAGAUGCUGCCCCCUUCUGUUUCCUCUGAGGAACAACAAUAACAACAACAACAACACAGCUCAUUUGAAUAAUGGAUAAAUGCUGUGUGAUUGAUGUGUCUGUAAACUCUGGUUACGGCCUGUUCUGCUUAUCAAUCAGCAGUAAUGACCGGACCUGUCAUUAAGAUUGGUUAGCUCUGUCUGCUAAAGUGAUUGUCAAGUUCUCAAAUGACUGAGCAGAUUGAUAACUUCAUCAAAUGUGAAGUAAAGUGAACUGUGACUUCAAGAUGACUGUUUGGGGCUCUGGUGUUUUUAGUAUUGUCGUGAAAACAAAAAGAAAACACAGUUAAGCGAGUGUGUUUGUGUCCUGCAGGUAUGUCGGGAAUACCAGCGGGGGAACUGCACGCGCGGGGAGAAUGACUGCCGUUUUGCCCACCCUGCAGACAGCACGAUGAUUGACACUAAUGACAACACAGUCACUGUGUGUAUGGACUACAUAAAGGGCCGCUGCUCGAGGGAGAAGUGCAAAUACUUUCACCCCCCAGCUCACCUGCAGGCCAAGAUCAAAGCCACCCAACACCAAGUCAACCAGGCUGCAGCCGCUGCAGCCAUGGUAGGUAUCUGAGCACAGAUACAACACUAAACUAAGUACUGGUAUCAAAGCAUUAUCAGUCAAAGGAAUCAAAGAAAACUUAGUCUCAUAUAGUUAUCCUCAAAUCCAGAACCCGUUAUAUCAAACAAAAGCUUAGCUGUUCUAGUUUCCCAGCACACAUUUCAGUCUCCUUCACUCCUGCUCGCCUCGGCUUUCCUCCAAAAACUCUUCAAAAAUACAGAUUGUGAUUGUGUGUUUUAUUAGCAGCAGGCUGUGGUGAUAAUGGAGUUUUUUUGAGUUUCUCCUCCUGCCUCUCUUCAUUUUUGCUGCUUUCUAGGGGAAUUUUCUUUGUCUGAAAAGACAACUGUAAAAAUUAAUGUCAUUCCAACCUUGUUUCUGCAAUGCAGAGAAGGUUUCCUGUAAGGGGACAAAAUGAGGUUUUGCUCUGCCUGCCAAGUACUGCAGAUGCCAUUAUGCAGCAGUUACUCAAAAGCAGAGAAACUGAAUUUGGCGCAUGAUCAGAUCUGCAACUACAUGUAAAAACUUUUUAUUUAAUUGGCUUUUUGUCACUUCUAUUCCCUUAAAUACAUCGAAUGCUGAGAGCGGAGUAAUUUCUUUGCUCAUAAUAACUUGCGAGGCCAACACAAAGAGGCAUGUGCUCGGAUACCCUAUUGAUUGGGUUUCUAAUUUAUUUUAUGUAUCUCUUUUAGAUUAAACACUUGCUCAAAAGUUAGGCAGAAGUAUCGACCUAAAAGAGGGCAGAUUAUUUCCACUGGACAUGGAUUGGCAUGUAUUUUUUUAUUUCAAUUUAUGGGAUAAAAUCAGAGGUGCAGUGAUUUGUUUUGAUCAAAGUUAGGAGAGCAAUUCAAAAAUAUCUUAAGACAAAAAGCUUGUUCUAUAAAGCUAUCUAAAAAAAAAUAAAACCGGUAUCUUCUGAGUCUGAGCUCAGCUGUCUCACUAAACUGGUUAUCAACACACACAGACCCCAGACUAAAUUCAACUCAGUUAUGUUUGCAAAAUGAGGGAAGAACUGGUAGAAAAACAUCAAGAAGGAUGCACAAAUUAAAGCUCAUGAUAUCUCUUCUCUGUUACUCGUGCAUGAUAGAGCUGACUCUCAUUUAUUCUCUCAGACUAAUUUGUUGCUUUGAUCUAUUCGUGUGGUUUGUUUUACCAUUUUUAACAACAAAAACGCAGCAGCUGUAGUCCUGACAGUAUGAACACAGAUGCAGGUGGUAGAGAUGGAAAUAAAAACAUGAUUUAAAGUGAUAAAUAUGCAUCAUUUACAUUUAACUUUUAUGGAUAUGUACACUGACUACAUGUGAUUCCUAUUUUAGUCUCUGUUGAGGCAAUAGUUGCAUAAGUGCAGUCACUACAGAUAUCAGUACAGUAAAAAAUCAUCAAUAACUCAUCUAUCUCUCUAUCUGGACCACACCAAUGUUUCACUCUGAGUAAAUUAACACCAUUAUUAUCAGACAUCCAGGGCCGUAGUUUUCUCCAGUAACCCUACAGCCAUUAAUGUGCAUGCUCUAGUCUUGUUAUUGUUGUAUAUUGCAUUCCAAUGAUUUGUUUUUUUUAUGUUUGUUUUUUUGUUUUUUUGUUUCGUUUGUUUGUUUUUUUCUCACCAACCCACACUGCACUGCUGCCCCCCAUGAUGCACCUCCGCUUGCUGGUUUAUGUUAAUGCGCUUGAACCCCCCAUUGGCCCAUUGCCAUCAUGUGCUCGCUGCCUGCUAAUUAAGACUCAGUCGGCUGUCAAAUCACUGAAGCGACCCCUCGACGCAACUUUUGACCUGGUACUAUGACCUUUCACCUUUUCAGCUUGGCAUGUAGCUGUGAUGUAGUGUAUAUACUUAAGUAGUUCUAUCAUGAAGUAGAUAUUUAACAAUCUGAAUUGAGGAAACACUGGAGGGGCGAUGAACUGAUAUAAUCUUGAUUUAAACCAAAAAAAGAAACUAAAUUAUGGAAUCAAAAAUAUCUUCGCUUUUUGCUUUGAAUGGUCAGUUCAUCCCCCACAGUGAUCCUCAAAUACCUGGUGGCAUGAAAAUGUUAUAUUUCACUGUUGUUACAUGGUAUGGUAGUGUUUGCAUGAUCCAUAUUGCAUGAUUAAUAGGUGUCUUUGCAGUCUUAACAUUGCUUAGAGUGUAUUUUUUUUCUGGAGCUGGCAGUGCAGCUUGCCCUAACUACAUCAUUUCUGUUGAUGGUCCAACAAUCAAUACAAGAAUUUGUAUUGUAGUUAUUUUUACUUGUAGAUAUAAUGCCUUAGAUGCAAAAUCAAUACUUGAGCUUCUCUCUUGUUUAAAUUCAUGUAAUAAGAUUCCUUUAAGUGUUGAGUACUGUUGUCACAGUUUGUCACCACUGUGUCUUGCUCUGACAGAUGUUACGUCAUCCACUGCCUGCUUGUUUGUGAUAAAUGUUCAAAAAAAAAAAAAGAAAAGAAAGAGCAACUUUAUCUUCUAAUGAAAGUCUUUCUCCUCUCUGUCCUGAAUGUCACUGCCACCAUCCUCUUGAUUUUCCUCACUCCCUCCCCCUUUUUUUGGUGUCAUCCCCUCAUCAGGGGCUCCCUCCUGUCUUGCCUCCUUUACCAAAGAGACCCGCACUUGAAAAAGCCAACGGUGCCACCACUAUGUUCAAUGCUGGCGUAUUCCAGUACCAACAGGCCCUGGCCAACAUGCAGUUUCAGCAGCAGACAGCCUUCAUACCAUCAGGUAACACCCGAGCCGACUUUAACACACGUUUGAAGCAGUAAUACUGUUGCUACUGCCUGUUAAAGCUCACAAACCCUCUGAUUAUAUUCUGGCAUCAGCAGUGAAUGGCUGAAUGAGUGUGUGACUUAAUCGUUGGUGACUGUAAACAAAAGCAUGGAUUUUAUUUCACAUUCAUUUAUGCUGAGCAUGGCUGAAAGUCUGGUGUCAGAUACAGUUUUCCUCUUCGAGUCUUUAACUUACAAUGGAGGAUUAAGUCGAUAUUAAUGAUUUAAAAAGUGGAGAUUUUUGAGAAUAAAGUUGUAAUAUUACAAGAGGAAAGUCAUUUUGUGAAGAAUGUCGGAAGAUAUUUUCAUUUUUUUAAAGAAGGAAGUUAUAACUUAACAAGAUUAAAGUCCUAAAUUAAAACUGUAGUCAUGAUCCCGUCUGAAUGAACUUGUAAUUUCAUUAAAAAUAAGUCUGUAAUGUAUCCGUCCAUGACAUUACAGACGAGGGAUAUUAGACAAGCAGCAAGCCACCUGCACCAAAUUAAGGAAGUGGAUCAUCUUGUGAAGUUAUGCUCAACAGCUGAGGAACUGAAAUGUCUGUCCUUCUUUCAGACUAAGUUCAGUCCCGGUCCUUUCAACGACAUGGUGUCUUGAAACUCCAUGAGAUGUUCCACGGUCCUCAUUUUUAUGCACUGCAGGCUGCUCUUGUGAUUUUCUAGUCUACAAAAACGAAUAAUCUAACCAUAGUCGAAAAUUGUUGUUUUUAUCGCAUAAAUUUGCUUCAGUAUUCUCCAAAAUUUACAGCUAAAUUUUCUUAAAAUUGCUGUUUUUAAUCUCAUAAUACAAAGACUUAAUUCUCAGUCUGUUACAGCUUGAUUUGUAUUUUUAUGCUUGCAGGUUUACAAUUCUCUCUGGUCGAUUUACUCUACAGCUUUAUUCUCAGAAUCAGUUUUUUUUUUCUUAUUUUACGUGGCCUCAAUACUCUGUGUUAAUAACUGCUUUUUUCUUUACACUGAGAAUGUAAAUAAUGUAUUUUACUGUGUGAAUUUAAACUUUGUUUCUGCCCCACCUCAUCUUAUUAAUACUCUGUAAUGUCGGUACAAACUAUGGCCUGACUCUGGUCGACGUAGGUUCAUGGAUACAGAGCUGAAAACAUUUGCAUCCUCUUCAAAUGACUGUUGUUGUGUCUCUUAAGAUGGAUUUGAAACUGCAAAUCAAAGUAUGGGUAACACUUUACAAUAACCACAACUUAUAAAUGGUAAAUAGAUAGUUUAUUAGUUUAUUAUAGCACAUAGACCAUUAAUAAAUUGUACAUUUUACAAUUUUAAAAACCUAACCCUAACAUAACUUCACAAAAACCAUCUAAGUAAUGUUUAUAGGUGGUUUAAAAACCAAAUAUUAACCAUUUACAAAAUGCUACUGACACACAUUUUAAUCUAGAUGUUUUACAACCGAAUUUAAACCCUAUUUAAACCUUUAAUAAACAGUCCAUUAAUAAUGAAUGAAAACUUACAUUGAUAAACUAUCUAUUUGCCAUUUAUAAGUUAUGGUUAUUGUAAAUUGUUACCAAAGUAUGAUUUUAGGUUGGCUUGCAAACUGUUAAUCAACCCAUUUCAUGGCUCAGGCAGCCUGAAAGACAGAACCCAGGACAUACAACUCUUUUAGAAGUUAGUCUUAAAUAUCAGUCUGCUCUCUUUUCCUUCUUAGCACCUGGACAGUGAAAUGACUCAGUUUAGAGAGAUUAAUUCAUAAUGUAAAAUUGUAUGAAAAAGAUUAUAGGUACAAGUUUUGCAUGUUAAAAUGUAGUGUAUGUGCGUAUACACAAAGUUUUAACACACACACAUACACAGAGGGCUUAUUUCAGCACUACUCUCCCGGACACUGCGUAGUCAUCUUACACUGUGUCCCAUAUUCUCCUCUGACAGCCUAAGAAUAGCCUGCCAUCGAUUCCCUUCUGUGAGAGAUUCGGGUACUCAGAUCCUCAUACAUCCCACACUUUCUCACUGUCAGGUCACUGCGACGCAAUUUCAGGACCCUGAAAGCAGGUCAUUGGAAACUACCAAGGUGCAAACCGCUGUUACACCGCUGACAGGAAAAUGGGACCAGAGGAAGUGUUGAAUCUGCUCUCUUGUAGACAGUGAGAGCAGAUGACUGCAGAGUUCUUCUCAGCCGAGCCUUUUAACUCAUGAUCCCAGACAAACAUGACUUUGUGCGUUGAUGUAAAUUCAAAGCGAAGUUUGUUUAUUCCCAGGUCUGACUUUAUAACACUUGUAAUGAGUUUUCCUGAUUUCUUCUCCCCCUUAUUCACUCCACUCCCUGUUGCAAUGCAUGAUGGGCAGGCUCGAUAUUGUGCAUGACACCUGCAACAAGUGUUGGUAGGUGCCAGCUUUUCUUACUGAUUAUCAUUGAGCACGUAUUAGUCACUUUCGUGUCAUUGAACACUCACCAGCUCAUUUUCCCCUUUGUGAAUUUAGACGUCGGCCUCAAAUGGCUUAUAAAACACAAGUUGCUUUGGAAUUGAAUUGUCAAUUGGCACAAAAGUGUUUUAUUGAACUCUGUGAAGCGUCUAUGUGGUAACGAAUGCACCCUUUUUGCUCAGUCUGUCACCUAAUGCUUGUUGCAGUUCAAACUCCCCUUGACCCCAGCUUCAUUAUAACUCCAUCCCAGGCUCCCUGUCCUCUAGAGAACCUCAUUAGACUGUUUGCUUACACAUGCUGUAUAAGUAUGAGGAAAUAAUGAGCGUGUCCACGUGUUUAAUUUUUGCAUCAUUUGUAGUAGAGACUUUUGUUCUGUGCUUUUCUAGUCGGAGAACAUUCCACAGCCAUGAUCAUAAGCUAAUAAUUGAUUUCCUCAUGUUUAUCAGCUCGUCACACACAGAGAUUAAAAUGAACUGUGAUCAUAAAAAGCUUUAAAUCUGCUCGAGUUCAACUGCCUGUGUGAUCUUUCCCUCCAAGUACCCAUGAUGCACGGUGCUACUCCAGCCACUGUGUCUGCAGCCACCACAACUGCCACAAGUGUUCCCUUUGCAACUGCAACAGCCAAUCAGGUUUGCUCCUCUCCUGCCUCCUCAUCUCUCUCUCUGUCUGUCUGUCUCUUCACACUUAUCAGCUUUGACUUUUCAGAAACUGUCGUUGAAUUUAUUUAUUCAUUCAGACAAUCCCCAUGUGUCUCUUGAUAAAAAAUGCAUGAACGCCGCACGAGGCUUACGUCCGAUCUUUCCAGUUUAUGCCCUGAUUGUUCAGAGAAACAAAUGCUUCUUUAUUUAGCUGUUCUUCUAUUUCACUCACAUUUUAACUAUUUCUUUUUUUUUAUUUAUGUCUCUCUAUAUCCCCCUGCCUCUUUUUCUCCUCUCCCCUUCUCAAUCAGAUUCCAAUAAUAUCUGCAGACCAUCUGACUAGUCACAAGUAUGUGACCCAGAUGUAGGAGUCUCCAUCAGAACAGUAUGUACUGCACUUCUUUAUAACAUCUCUCGCACUGUUUCCACCAACACCCGAUUCCUAUUCAGCCAAACAGCUUUGAAACUUUUCUUUGAAGGGUCUUCAACAACACUUUAAAACCCACUUUAUCUAAGUACAACAUCGUUUUGAGGAAAUGCGUAGCAAUCUGAGGAGAUUUGAGAUAUUUCUCAUAUGCUAAAGGUAAAGACUUCAAACAGGUAGAAUAGGAUUAAAAAUCAGGUGUACGUACACAGUUUCUUUGAAGGUCCUUGAGAGCUUACCAAUCAAUUUGUUACAUGGCACAGAAAAUAGCUGCAAAAAAAUGAGAACACAACUUUGUGUUUGCUAAAUAUAACUUUACUGCUGUGGAUGCUUCUGCAAACGCCAUUAAUCAACUUGUCAAGUGUAAAAUUGAUACGCAGGCUAAUCCAGACCCUGACACACUUUGUUUUCAGAACUUUUUGUCGUGAUACGGAGAGGAAACUUCUCAUAAAUCAUGUUUUGAACCCAUCUGUAAGUUCUGCAAUGACCGUAAAUAAAAGACUAUGAAGACACAGGCUAUUUUAAAGGGGUUGGAGCUAAAGGAAAGAACGACUAAACCGUGAACAUGAAAACUACAUCUGUUAGAUUCAGUAAAGUACAGUUUCUAUGCAGAUGUGAUGCACUUUCCACUCGUCCAUCUACCUGUGCUGUAGUUGAGCUCAUCUUACCCUUACACUGAUAGUUGUGAGAUACACCUGUUGACUUGAACUGAGUCUUUUCAGUCAAACCAGCACCUGAUUAUGACCUAAUGAAGGAGAAAAGCUUCAAAAGGGUCGGACUGUGAACUUCAUCAAGUGCCACCUUCUGAUUAAAAUACCAAAACACAAGAAGACACCCCUCUCUGCAUCGUAUAUUGGUGUGACAUUGCUUACCUUUAAGCUUCAACACUGAUUCACCAAUUGUUGAGCACUCAGGAACGCUAGCUGGGUCAACCUUUUUUUUUAAACUUUUUUUUAGUUAUCAGUGGUCUUUAAAUGGUGAUUUUCAAAAUUUUAGCCAAAAUCAAGUUACCUGUGUCAUUUUCAAGGGCUUUUCUUCUGCAGAGCUCCAGUAGCUCAUUAGCAAUUUCCCCUCUGAGUCGUGGGCGGACACCUCUCCUCGAGUUAGCUUGCAGCCUAACAUUGGCGAUGUAGUGGAAGAAACAGGUAACAUAGGAGCUAUUCAGUUCUCGGACACUAAUGUCUUUAGGGGCAUGAUGAAAGCUAACAUCAUAAUUAGCUUUCUUACACGCAUUGCAAUCCGCUGAUGCAGACACUUGUUCUGCAAUCAUCCUCCCUAUGUCUCUGAGUCUGGCCUGCAUAGCGGGGCUCCAGGGGCGGAGCUUGGAUUUGUUACAUAAGAAAUCUCACUGUAUCUGAACCUGCCGUUUGGGUCUGCCAGAGAUUCACAGCGAUUUGAAUGCAGAAAUACUCACUUCUUUUUCUUAUAUGUCCUCUAGUAUCUGAAAAAUGCCAUAUGAACAUGUAGACAACAAGAAAAACAUGAUUUUCAUCGGAGUGGGUCUUUAAAAGUUUGUGUCCUGUCGGCUCUUUGCUCUCUGUUUCUGAUGCAUUUUAAAAGAACCCUUAAGAAAGUUUCAAGCUUUAGUUUUUCCUCUAUCUCAUAUCUUACUCUGACAAAAGUGUAAUUGUUUCUGACCCCUUAAAAAUUAAACUACAGGAGUAGUUGAUCUUCCUGUUGAUGGUCUAUUAUGUUUCGAAAUCCCAGCUGUUGUAAAAAACCCAAAUAAUUACAAUGAAAAACAAACAAACGAUGCUUUUAAACUUUACAUAGGGAUUUCUAUAACCUUGCCAUUUUGAGAUUCUUCUUUAGCAAUAGAGUCGAUGAUUUCCCAGGGUUGUUUUUGAGAUAGCGAGAAAUGCCUCUUUUAUUUUUCACAGCUGUCAGAUUCUGUCACAUCUGAUUUUUUGCGUCUUUCUUCCCAGAUGGAACUGGAGCGAGCUGAUGUUGAGUCCAAGAUUAGCGGUCACCCUUCACGCCUUGAACAUCAAGGGUAUAAAAUGAAGAACCAAAUCUGACGUGGUUUGGAAUAAAUCUGCAUGUUAGCAUAGGAGGCACAGUUUGUUAGGAUUGUUUUCAUCAUGCACACUAUUACACAACAACUGAAAAAGAACAUCAUUUGCAUCAAAGACUGCCUUUGGCUCUGCAGAGGCAACUUACCUUUAUUCACCAGACACACUUUGAAUGUCAACAUGAGGUAAAUGUGUGGAGCGGUCAUCAUGACUGGAUCGGUACGUCCAUCCACCGGGAAUCAUGACUUGAUUUUGUGUUUUGUUCAUGUGUUGGUCUUUGACGGAUGUGUUCAUUUGUUUACACAAAGGUGCACCUUGUAUUUCAAUAGAGGGAGAAGAAACAGAAACUCUGACUGAAUCACAUAUGCAUGCACAGUUUUGUUUUUCUUUUUUUUUUUUCAAGAAGUAAUAAGGGAAGUAACACACAGUGCACUCGGAGGCAAGAUAGCAACUGAAUAUCUGUGAGGUGUCUUUAAACCCUUGUAGCCUAUCUUUUUAUCUCUUAAGCACAUAUUUUUAACCCUGUCAGUGUCCAUUUGAAGUGCCAUACAUCUCAAAACUCAUGAAUGGUAUAUCAGCAGUGUCACAAAGUGUAAAAAAAAAAAAAAAUCAAUAAUUCCCUUUAAAACCUCGUAUUCUCCGUCUUGGACAGCAUGAAAUGUCCAGUUUUGUGACCUGUCAUUCCCAAAGCAAAACUGCUAAUCGGAUAAACGUCCCAAGACUGUUUGAUUCCCUUCGAUCUUUUUUCUGUCUGAAUCGUUUCGUUGUUUUCGUCAGCUGUUUCUCCAUGAACCUUUAUUCUAUUGACUCUAAAAAGUCAGAUUGUCGUGAGCGGGGUCUUGGCCUGAGUGUUCGACCAAAGACUCUCCUCCCGACAAAGACGUUGUUCCAAUGAAUAGCUUUGAAACAACAGGACUGUAUGUUGGUGUCCAAACUGCUGUGAGAAAGAAGAUGAAAUCGAUGGCACAACUGGUGUGAUUAGUUUUUUCUUUUGUGUGGUUAUGCAUAUUUUUAGACGGAUCGUCGAAGUAGAUCGAGUGUUUGAGUGUAUAUAUAGUCUGACAUAUUUAAAAAUAUUUGUUAUUACCAGAGAACUGUUUCAAGAUAGUCAGCCAAAGUCUUUUUGUGUCACUGUUGCUCGAUAUUGUAGGUAGACUACAGGGAGAAAAUGUUGAAUAAAAGUGCAGGCUGCAUCCGCCGGCUCAAGAAAGAGUAGAUCUCUAGAACUCUUUGUUUCGUUGUGUUCUGGGUGUUCUUCAGGCAUAUGUAAAUUGGUGGAUAGUACAGGGAAAGUGGCGAGAAUAAAAACGAUUGUAUUACUCAUCCAAAGCCUUAGAAUGUACCAUCGGGUCAGCACAAUGCAACAUGCCAUCUUGAACCAUCCAGUUGCCUAAUCCACGCCAUAUUAACACACACACACAUACAACACAACACACACACACAGAGAUAUACAACACAACACACACACAUACACGGAGCACUAUGUAUUCGCCACUUUUUUGUCAGUGUUUUCUUAACUUUUGGAGUAGGAGUGUUUUUCUGUUUUUUGUUUAGAGACAUUUUGAUAAUUAGUUCAGAUUUUUAGUUUGCAUAUUUAUCUUUCUUAUAAUGAAUAUAAGAUAAAAAAAUGUGUGUUUUUGUGUGUUCUUCAUGCACAGUUUCCUGAAAUUCCAUGUAAUGUUAAUUUUAGUAUGAUUAUGAUUGUAAACUCAAUAUUUUCUACGUUAUGCAUAUUGUUGAACUGUAUGCAUAUUGUUCAUUUCUCUAGUCUCUUUUGUGUUCUUUGAACAAAGAUGUUUUAUAUGAGUAUCUAACAGUGAUGAAAUAAUAGAACAGAGAGGCUAAGUUGUCACUGUGGCAACCGUUGCCAAUAACUGAGUAAUAUUUUAAUGAUUGUAAGGUUUGUAACUAGUCAUAUAAGAAAAAAAGACUAUUAUAAAAAAUCUAGCUCUUAGAUGUUUAGAGUAAAGAUGUUAUUUUCUACUGUAUCCAUUUCAAAUAGUAACUAUUGUUUUAAUAUUUUUACUCUCCCUGGAAAUUGGGCCAUGUUGGAAAACAAGCUGCAUAUUUGAUCACUUUUUCGGGGGCGUUGCUGACGGGGUCAGGUGAACGUGGCGAGUAUGGAGCCGAGUAUGCACACUCGUUUCUUACUCGGCCAACUGCAACACAAAAGGGUGGGGUGGGGAAUCUUGAGGCGAUAAAAGGUGAUAAAGGUUGACCUUUUUGCACUUCUGUACAUAGUCAAAAAAGAGAGAAUCAUGUAUAUUGAGAUCUUAUUUUGAAUAAAAAAAAAUAAUGUCUACAACGACAAGGAAUUUUGCUAGGAUAACAAAAAAAAAAUCAAUGAAAGGCUGAACAAAAUUGCUUGCAUCAAAAAGGGCACUGAGUUCUCAGUCUCUGACCCCUUUCGAAAAGGCCAAGUGUUGCUCUUCUUUUUCGUCAACAGCUUGUAGUUUGCCAGGUAACCUUCCGGAGGAGGUGUUCACUGACCUCCAGCCUGAGGGCUUGACUGGGUUUGUCUGGUCCCCUAGCCUGCCUGUACCAACAGGUCUGUGUGUCACGGCCACAACCUCCCAGGCCCCAACCAAUCACAACACGUUCUGUCUCUUUACUUUACUCCGAGAGGGAUGCAUGUUAAAGGAAAUACAUAUACCGUUGAAAAAAAGUCACCACAGUAAUACUGAAUAAGAAAACAUGUUACACAGAAAGACGUAUUUACAGUAUACAAUAUUCUAUCAAUGUAAUGGAAUAAAAUAUAUAAAAAUAAAAAAAUAGAAUAGUGGUUUAUUUAAAAAAAAAAUCCUGACUAAAGUUUUACCACUUUGGGAGUUAAAAUACAUGCAACACAAACACCAUAGCUAUAAGUAUGUUCUUUAUGUUAAUGUAAGCUGUGCUUUGUAGUAGAUGAAACUGACCACACAGGAAUGUCGUUCAACAUCAGGCUCGAUUCAAGAACCAUUUCAGACUGAGAUACUGUGUUGUGGUUUGGUCAUUACACCGUCCUGGUCAUCCUCGUCAUCUCUCAUCUCCUACAAGCACGCAUGCUUACAGUUAUGAUAUAAUGUAAACUGAACCUUUUUUUUCAUAUGUUGUUUGUUUUCUCUGCUUGUAGUGCUGAUAUGAUGUAUUCUGUCUUCUGCUGCAGUUUGCUUCUGCUUGUUUUACUGCUGCAGGCCCCGUGAGAGGAUGUGUCAUGUUUGCACGUUGGCCACCUGCUCUGAAAGCACCUGUAGAGAAAAAAAAAAAAAAUCACUGGUUGUCACUGUCUAAAGCCAUAAAAUAUAAUCUCAUCAGAAAGAGCUAUAGAAGAAGGAACCGCAAAUGAAACAGAGGUGGUUAUCUGAACCUUGUAAGACUGGUACGAAUGUGUUUGAUGGGGUUUUAUUAUCUAUAACAUCACAUAUCAGUUAAAAUCACAGAUGUGGCUAAUAAAACCUGGGUAUGUCAGCCAACUUUGACGUAUGUUUGUAGAUGACUGGGAAAAAAAAAGUUCUUGACACAUUUUGUCAUGGGGCCUGCUUUGCUAUAUUUAAUUCUUGCUGUUAUGAAUUAAAAAAAUGUAAUAAAAAUUUACAAAUGAACUGAAGUUAAGAAAAUGUGCUCUGAGACGUGUUUGUCAAACUCAUGGA